GAUAGGCGUACCUGUGAGGAGCGCUUUCGCGGUUCGAUCGUCAAAGUUUUUUCCCUAAGUUUUUUUCUGUGUGCCUUUCUUCCUCCUGCUGCAAACUGCCAGAGUACAGACCCCGACCGAGGAGGAAAGCGCAUUCGCGUGGCCGUCGCGCGGAACUUGUUUGUGCCUUUUUGCUGGUAACUUUGAUGUUGUGCAGUUUUUCGGAUCGGAUCGAAAGAAGGCAAAAGUGCUGCCCAAAUGAGUUUAAAUCGCUAAAUUGGAAACCGAAGAACGGCGAGCUUAGAGGCUAGCUGCUGCCGUAUUGUACGACAACCGCGUGACUUCGACGAAGCCUGUCUCCAAGUCGUUUUAAAUUGGGUGUGUUUGUGUUGAAAGAUAAAUUGUGCUAAGGAAAAAUAAAAUAUGGAAGGCUGGAAGCAGGAGGUCCCUUCCCAGAUGGUGCUACUUUGAGGCCUUUUUGUGCAGUGCGAAAAUGUUUAUGAAAUGUCAAACCAUCAGAGGUGUAUCGAAAAGUGACAAAACCUGGUGAGGAGGUCGAGAUUGAGCGAUCGCCGACUUGUGUGGAACAUCGCGAGGCUGCAGAUGGCCGUUGAUCGAUGGAGUGAAGCAGUGGGACGAAACAGAAGAAAAUUCGCAAAAAUGAAAAUAUUUUUGCCAUUAGUGGUGUGGAUAGUGCUGUUAUUUCGGACGACGAGUGCCCAGUACUCGGCGUCCCGAAAGAACGUCGGCAUAUUCGGACUAAAGCACGAGGUGUUUUUUCUGAACCUCGAGGAUGGCUACUUCGGUUGCCAGGUCAACGAAUCCACAGACUAUCUGCAGCUGUACGAGCUGUCCAAACUGUGUGAUGGCACAUCGGAUUGCUACAUGGGCUCCGAUGAGCUUAGAAAUAAGUUAAAAUGUACAAAUGAUUGUGAUAAAGAUGGCACGGCGUGCUCGAACGGAGUGUGCCUUGAAGGCCUGUGCCAUUGUAAUGAUGGCUUUGGAGGUUGCAAUUGUCAAGUUCCAGACGAAAACGAGUGUAAAUAUCGACCUUGUGACGUUUUCGCGCACUGUACAAAUACUUUAGGUAGCUUUACUUGCACGUGUUUUCCUGGCUAUCGGGGCGACGGAUUCCAUUGCGAGGAUAUUGACGAGUGCCAAGAUCCCGCGAUCGCCGGUCGCUGUGUCGAGAACGCAGAAUGUUGCAACUUACCAGCGCAUUUUGUGUGCAAAUGCAAGCCAGGAUUCGAGGGCGACGGAGAGGAACGGUGUACAGACAUCAACGAGUGUAUCGACCCACAAGCGUGUGGAGUGAACGCCGAGUGUGUCAACUAUCCCGGUAACUAUACGUGCCUGUGUAAGGACGGCUUCUACGGUGACCCGUACAAUGGGUGCGCGGAUAUCGACGAGUGCGCCCAGCCGGGAGUUUGCGGACCAGGUGCCAUAUGUACGAACGACGAGGGCGGUUAUCGCUGCAACUGCCCCUCCGGGUUCGACGGGGACGCACGCUCGGCUCAGGGAUGCGUCGACUUCGAUGAAUGUACACGAUCGCCAUGCGGAAGGAACGCCCUGUGCCGAAACGACGUCGGGAGCUUUCGCUGCCAGUGUCCCGACGGUUUUCAAGGCGACCCAAUGACGGACUGUCAAGACAUCGACGAGUGUUCGAAUAACCCGUGCGCCGAGGGUUCCCAGUGUACCAACACUCCCGGCGGCUUCCGGUGUAGCUGCCCGUCGGGGAUGACCGAAUCGGGCGGCGAGUGCAUCGACAUUAACGAGUGUGCUAGGGAUAACGCUUGCGGAGAGAAUGCCAAGUGCAUAAACUUUCCCGGAUCGUACAAAUGCUUGUGCCCGCAAGGAUUCCAAGGACGGGGUGAACUGUUUUGCAAAAAUGUAAACGAAUGCCUUGAUAAUCCGUGUGGGGAAAACGCAAUAUGCACGGAUACGGUUGGUAGCUUUGUUUGCUCGUGCAAGCCAGAAUACACGGGAGAUCCAUUUCGGGGCUGUGUCGAUAUCGACGAGUGCACGGCGUACGACAAACCUUGCGGCAAUCAUGCGGUCUGCCAGAACGCCAACCCCGGCUACACCUGUCUCUGUCCGCAAGGGUUCGUCGGUAAGCCGGACCCGAAGGUCGCCUGUGAACAAGCCGACGUUAACGUGCUGUGCAGCAGCAACUUCGACUGUACUAACAACGCCGAGUGUAUCGAGGGCCAGUGCUUCUGUCAGGACGGUUUCGAACCACAAGGAUCUAGCUGCAUCGACAUUGAUGAAUGUCGAAUGGACAGCCAAAAAUGUGGACCGUCGGCGGUGUGCGUCAACACCCCAGGAUCCUUUCGAUGCGAAUGUGAAGCCGGCUUCAUCGGUACACCUCCUCGAAUACACUGCAAAACACCGUGCGCAGAUGUCAAGUGCGGUAAAAACGCGUAUUGCAAAGCGGAAGGCCAGGAAGCUUUCUGUAUUUGUGACGAAGGAUGGACUUUCAACCCUGCGGAUAUUGCUGCUGGCUGUGUUGAUAUCAACGAGUGCGAUCCUGCACAAGGACCCAACGGAAAAUGUGGUGUUAACGCACUUUGCUCUAAUCAGCCGGGAACCUACAGCUGUCAGUGUCCACCCGGGUUUACCGGAGAUGCCAAUCGCCAAUGCUACGACGUAGACGAAUGUUCGAAGCCAAAUGCUUGCGGAGAAAAUGCCAUCUGCAAAAACGUGGAAGGCUCCCAUCAGUGUUCAUGUCCUCCGGGAUCGAUCGCCGAUCCCGAUCCUACUGUUCGGUGUAUCACCAUUGUAACUUGUACCAAAGAUCAUGACUGCCCCGGUAAUGCUAUCUGUGAUGCUCACAAACGAUGUCUCUGCCCGGAACCAAACAUUGGCAAUGACUGUCGACAUCCUUGCGAGAACGCUGCUUGCGGGCCAAACUCGCAUUGCAUGCUGGUCAACGGUGAAGCACAAUGUCUUUGUAGCGAAGGAUUCACUGGCCAUCCGGGACAAUGCGCCGAUAUCAACGAAUGUGCCGCCAAUCCAUGCCCAAGUGGAGCCGUUUGCUCAAACCUUCCAGGUGGUUACACUUGUCAAUGCCCUGGAGGUAGCUCCGGCGAUCCGUACUCAGGAGGAUGUUCGAAGUCUCAUCUGAAUACAUGCAGUGCUCAAAAUCCAUGCCCCUCCGGUGAGAAGUGCAUCCAAGAUGCAUACAGCGGAAAUAGCGUUUGCAUUUGCGGUCAAGGCUACAAGCGGAACUCCAAAGGCAUUUGCAAAGAUGUAAACGAAUGCAAAGAUCCAAACAAACCAGCAUGUGGUGUUAACGCCAUUUGCAAGAAUUUGCCAGGGAGCUACGAAUGUCAAUGCCCACCUGGAUUCAACGGUAACCCAUUCAUGUCGUGCGAAGAAUGCAACAGCUUGGAAUGUAAAUGCCCUGCCCCGUACAAAUUUAUGGAUGGAAAUUGCGUUCUGGAUAGCUGCUCAACUGAUGGAAAAUGCCCAGGUGGAGCCGAGUGCAUUUCAAUCACCGGAGGCGUAAGCUACUGCGCCUGCCCCAAAGGUUUCCGCACGCAAUCCGACGGUAAAUGCGAAGAUAUUGACGAGUGCACAGAAAGUCAGCAAGCUUGCGGCUAUGACGCCAUCUGUAUGAACACUAUCGGUGGAUACGAAUGCAAGUGCCCGUUGGGAUAUUCUGGAGACCCGUACAACGGACUCUGUGCCCUCGCGCAGAAACGUUGCUCGGCGGAUCGUGAAUGCGGUUCUAAUGAAAAAUGUGUUCAACCUGGCGAAUGUAUUUGUCCACCACCUUUCUACAUGGAUGCGUAUGAUGGCAACAGAUGUAAGAGCCCUUGCGAAAGGUUCCCUUGUGGAAUCAACGCCCGGUGUACCCCAACCGAUCCACCACAGUGCAUGUGCGAGGUGGGCUACAAAGGCGAUCCUUUAACUGGUUGCGUAGAUGAAGACGACUGUGCAAACUCGCCUUGUGCUUACGGAGCCCAAUGUGUCAACCAGAAAGGUGGUUACAAAUGUAUCUGCCCUAAAGCAAUGGUGGGCGAUCCGUACAAGGGCGGAUGUAUCCUAGAAGAAGGAUCGGUUAAAAGCCAGUGCCGGAGGCAUGAAGAUUGCGCUGAUACCUUAUCUUGCGAGCGAGGAACUUGUGUCAGCCCUUGCAGUAGCCUGCUCUGCGGAACUAAUGCUUAUUGUGAACCGGAGAAGCAUGCUGCCUGGUGUCGUUGCCGGGUUGGCUUUGCAGAGGGACCGAACGGAGAUUGUGUUUCACAAUGCAAUGGUUACAUGUGUGGACACGGAGCCAUGUGCAUAGUAACUAACAGCGGACCAACAUGCAAGUGUCCCCCGGGAGAGGUCGGUAAUCCGUUCCCGGGAGGAUCUUGCAGUACUGACCAGUGCUCCACGAAUCGUCCAUGUGCUGAACCACAAGUAUGUAUUAACGGCCGUUGCAAGCAAAAGUGCGACGGAGUGGUUUGUGGCGUUGGUGCCACAUGCGACGAAGCUUCGGGUAAAUGCGUUUGCGAACCGUUCUUUGUUGGUAAUCCAGAAAUGCUUUGUAUGCCACCUAUCACAACGCCAAGUUGUACUCCAGACUGCGGGCAAAACGCACACUGUGAGUACGGAGUGGUGCAGAAUAGCUGCGUUUGUAAUCCAGGUACAACCGGAAAUCCAUACGGUAUUUGCGAAUCCAAAUCGAGAAACAGCUGCAGUCAAAUGAAAUGCGGUCCUAACGCAUUAUGCCGUGAGACGCUCAACUCUGUUGAGUGUAUUUGUCCAACUGGCUUUGUCGGUAAUCCUUACGUCCAGUGCAACGAUAUUGACGAAUGUUCUACGAAUAACGUUUGUGGAGACGGUGCUGUUUGCAUCAAUACCGCAGGCAGCUUCGACUGUCGCUGCAAACCUGGCCAUACAGGAAAUCCAUUCACCAUGUGUUCGCAAGUAGAGAAGAAUAUUUGUGAGAAUCCUAGGCGCUGUCAGUGUGGGAAGAAGGAGCAGUGUCCACCUGGAUUCACUUGCGAUCGAGGAACGUGCAAGGAUCAGUGUGCUAAAAUUAACUGUGGACCACGUGCAGCGUGCGACUCGGGUAAAUGUGUCUGUCCAGCUGGUCACACGGGGAAUCCCAAGGAUCUGCGAAGUGGCUGCGUACCAGAAGGACAGUGCGAUAACGAUGCAGACUGUCAGAGCAGAGAAAUCUGUUUCCAAUUCGGCAAAGGUGUGCGAAAAUGUGUUGAUGCCUGUAGUAAGCUUCAGUGCGGUCCAAAUGCUCUCUGUGUGUCCAAUGCCCACCGGUCUACAUGUAUCUGCGCCAGUGGCUACAACGGCAAUCCAGGUGAUCUGACGUUAGGAUGUCAGAAGGAAAUUAAGCUUAUCGAAGGAUGCAAAGAUGAUUCCGAAUGCGCUGAAGGCACAAUUUGUGCACCGACUGAGACUGGAUUGCGAUCUUGUAUCAAUCCGUGCAGUGCCGUGGCAUGUGGAAUAAACGAAGCGUGCAAACCAAACGAACAAAACAACCCUGUUUGUCAUUGUAAAGAAGGAUUCCUUUGGAAUCCCAUAACAUCCUCAUGUGAAAAACCAUCGGUUGCGGAUUGUGCCAGUGACGAUGAAUGUCACCAAGUGGCAGCAUGCCGACAGGACGAAUUAGGUAUUCUCAAAUGUACUCCGGUCUGCGCAGAAUUUACGUGCCCUGCGAAUUCGGUCUGCGUGUCCUCAAAUCACCGAGGAAGUUGCCAGUGUCUGCCAGGGUAUAUUGGAAAUCCCAAUGAUAGAAAUGGCUGUCGUCCAGAGUUGCAAAACAAGUGCCUCACCAGUGCGGAAUGUUCCGAGUCCGAUGCGUGCGUCACAUACAAGGGAGCGCUGUCGUGUAGGCCGGCUUGUGAGGACAUUCAAUGUGGACCACAUGCUAUUUGCGUUAGCAACAAUCACAAUGCCCAAUGCCAGUGCCCUCCUGGAUCGUACGCUGGGGAUCCUUAUGAUUUGAGCAACGGCUGUCAAUCCGUGCCUUGUGUCUACAACAACGACUGUCCACCGACGCAAAUGUGCAAUCGUAUGACCCACACCUGCUACGACAUCUGUCAGGAAGAUACGUGUGGGGAUAACGCCGUGUGUAUUGCGGAGAAUCAUCGAUCUCUCUGUCAGUGUCCUCCAGGGUACAAACCUAAUCCAAUCGCUGAGGUGGAAUGCACGCCACUGAUGUCGUGCGAUCCGAAUCCUUGUCAUCCGUCUGCAAUUUGUGAGGCAGCGCCCGAAGGACACAUCUGCAAAUGUGCAGCUGGACAAGUAGGUGAUCCGAUGACGGGUUGCCGACCUGAAGGUGACUGUCCCAAUGGCGACCUACAGUGUCCGGAGAAUACGGCUUGCGUAAGUGGAAAAUGUGUCGAUCCAUGUGCGAAUGCCUGUGGAGUCAACGCCAAGUGUACUGUAGUUAACAGAUCGCCCGUCUGCAGCUGUAAAGUCAAAUACGUGCCAGGAGUGAGCGGUUCGGCAAGAGACGGAUGUGUCCGCGUGGUAAACGAAUGUUUGAACGAUCUGGAUUGUGGGGGAGAUGUCUGUCAGAAUGGGCAGUGUAUGGUGGUGUGUAGAAACAAUCAGGACUGCUCUGGAGGAGAAAGAUGCGUAAAUGGAAUCUGUUCACAACCCUGCUCUAGCCACAGUCAGUGUAAUGCAGGACAGGCAUGUAUUGGAGGCAGCUGUUUGAUUGGAUGUAGGAGCAACAAGGAUUGUGAUAGUUCCAAGGCUUGCAUCAACAGCAAGUGUAGGGAUCCUUGUGAAACGGAAGGAGCAUGCGGCCCGAAUUCCAAGUGCACCGUUGUGAAUCACGUGACAAGCUGCACAUGCCCACCAGGGUUCGAAGGAAAUCCCAUUCCGGAACAGGGUUGCGUAAGGAUGCCUAAGGCUUGCACCAGUUCAGCUGAAUGUGCUCAAGGUCACAUGUGUAUCGCAAAUCAGUGUAACCUGCCGUGUUCGGAAACAAAUGGCUGUGCCGUUGGAGAAAGAUGUCACAACAAUAUGUGCGCUAAGGUUUGCUACACGAAUAACAACUGUUUGCCUGGGGAAGUGUGUAAUGAAGCCGGUACGUGUCAACCAGGAUGUAGUACCGAUUCGGACUGUCCUUCACAAAAGGCAUGCAUUGCAAGCAAAUGCAAGUGUAUGAAGGGAUUCAUUGGAACGCCUUUCGGUUGUUCAGAUAUCGAUGAGUGUACAGAUGACCCUUGUCAUGCGUCAGCUCGGUGUGAGAACAUUCCAGGGUCAUAUCGCUGCAGUUGUCCUGAGGGAACUGUUGGAGACGCUUACUCCAAUCCUGGAUGCCAUCUACCAAACCAAUGCUACAAGAACAGUGAUUGCGCGGAAAAUUUGGCCUGCGUUGAAGGGAAGUGUACUGAUUCCUGCCAGAUUACUAAGUGCGGAGUAAAUGCCGAGUGUCACAUAAUCGAUCACGUCGCGGAAUGUCAAUGUCCAUCCGGCCAUUUGGGAGAUGCAAGAGAUACGGCUGUCGGUUGCUUCCGCGUUGAAUGCCUAGCGGAUGAAGACUGCGUACAGGAGAGGCAAUGCCACAGCGAAACGAAUAAGUGUAUCAAUCCUUGCGAACUAGUGGACUGCGGAAAGGGAGCAUGUCACAUCGAAAAUCAUCAGGCCAUUUGCACUUGUCUUCAAGGAUAUGACGUCGUCAGGGGUCGCUGUGAAGACGUAGACGAAUGCCAAGCAAACCCGUGUCAUACUAGUGCAACAUGCCAGAAUCUUCCUGGCAGUUACACUUGUACCUGUCCGGAGGGCCUGGUAGGUGACCCAAUAAACAGCGGCUGUAGAAACCCAGAUGAAUGUAUCGCAAACUCAGAUUGUCCAACUACGGCAGUUUGCGAAAAGUCCCGUUGCAAGAAUCCAUGCUCGAUCGAAAAUGCUUGCGGAGAAAAUGCGGUAUGUUCAGCGGUGGGGCACGAAGCUGUUUGCGACUGUUCGCCUAAUACUCGCGGAGAUCCAAAAAUCAGUUGCUUAAGAGUUGAAUGCACUGAAAGCAAUGAUUGUCCCUCAAGUCAAACCUGUAUCAACUACAAGUGUUUAGAUCCUUGCACACUGACGAAUGCUUGCGGACAAAACGCCAAUUGUGUAUCCGAGAACCAUCUGGCUAUAUGUUCAUGCCAACCUGGAACAACUGGAAACCCGCUCCUGGGAUGCGUACCACUGCAAUACUGUAAUAGCGAUCAACAGUGUCCAGCUGGAACGAAGUGCAAUGCUGGAGUUUGCUGUACUCUGUGUUCAAGCGGUCGCGAUUGUAUUAACGAUCAACUCUGCAUUCAAGGCGUAUGUCAACCAACGUGUCGAUCAAACUCCAGCUGUCCAGAUUUUCAAUUCUGUCAGAACAACAUUUGUACUCAAGAGUUCAAAUGCCGUACCAAUGACGACUGCGACAUCGACGAAACGUGUGUGGUAGACACCACUGGACGUUCGGAGUGUAUUAACGCGUGUUCGGGACGGGUGCUGUGUGGUAGAAAUGCGGAAUGCUCAGCCAGAGAUCAUUCAGCUGUUUGCGAUUGCAAACCUGGGUUCUUCCAGGACAAAUCCGGGACGUGUCGUAAGAUAGAAUGUCAAACUGAUGACGAAUGCUCGAGUGACAAAACGUGCGAAGGAAAUACGUGCAAGAUCGCUUGCUUAAUGGGAGAUCCCUGUGGUGCGAAUGCGUUGUGUUCAGCAGAAGACCACAAACAGGUGUGCUAUUGUCAACCCGGGUUCACCGGAGAUCCGAAGCAGGGCUGUAGUCUGAUAGAUUUCUGCAAGGAAUCUCCUUGCGGUGCAAACGCCAAGUGUAGAAAUAGCCGAGGAUCUUUCCGUUGUUCUUGCCCAGCUGGAUUGGUUGGGGAUCCCUAUGCGAGCGGUUGUAAAAAGGCUGCAGAGUGUGAAACCAAUGCUGACUGUCCCGAUGUUGCGGAAUGCUUCAAAUCGAAUGGUGAACCAAAGUGUCGAGAUGUUUGCGAAAAUUCUGCCUGCAGUCCUAAUUCUGAAUGUCAACCUAGAAACCACAAAGCCGUAUGUCAAUGCCGAGCGGGUUACGAAGGCGAUCCGCUGAGUGGAUGUAAACCGUUGGCGUUGCCUUGCAAGCUGAACAAUGAUUGCCCGGAGAAUUCGUACUGUUACGGACAAAUUUGCAGGCCUGCUUGCGCCGCCACCGAAGAGUGCAACCAGGACGAGGUCUGCUCAAACGGUCAAUGCAUUAACCCGUGCCACGAAACGAACGCCUGCGGAAUGAACGCCGAAUGCCUCAUGGGUGGACACUUCAAGCAGUGCUCUUGCCCAGCCGGGUUCACGGGUGAUGCCGCACUGGAGUGCGUAAGAAUUCCAGUCUUAUGUGCUUCCAACGCUGAUUGUGUCGAAGGAACCGCUUGCCACGAAUCUAUGUGUUUACCACGCUGUAGAGCGGAUCAGGAAUGUGCCCUGAACGAAAAGUGUAUCGGUAACAAGUGCAUGCUAACAUGUCGCUUGGACAACGACUGCUUCUUGGGACACAUCUGCCUGAACGGACGCUGCAUCUACGGAUGCCAUUCGGAUGACGACUGUAGUGCGAGUGAAACAUGCCGAGCGAACAAGUGUACGGAUCCCUGCCAGGAGAAUCCGUGCGGUCCGAACGCGGCUUGUUCGGUGGUCAAUCACCGUGCCAGUUGCUCGUGCAUCAACGGUAUGGUCCCAAGUCCGACAGCGAAGAUCGGCUGCGUCCGUGCUCCGGCGCUGCAGUGUACGGAAAAUAGAGAUUGUGCGCAAGGCACAUCCUGUAUCGAAAAUCUGUGCCGACCGGUAUGUGCCAACGAUCAGGGAUGCCUGAAUAAUGAACGAUGCGAUAGAGGAACCUGCAAACCGAUCUGCAGACGCGACGGUGACUGUAGAAAUGGAGAAGUAUGUCAGGGACAGACGUGUAUGGUUGGGUGUAGAUCCGAUGCCGGUUGCCCAAGUCAGCUGUCGUGCGUCAACCAACAAUGUGUAGAUCCUUGCCUAGAGCCGACUGCCUGCGGUACGAAUGCUCAAUGUUCGGUGGUUAACCACAGGAAACAGUGCACUUGUACGCCUCCGCUAAUUGGAGACCCCUUGACGGGAUGUCGGGCUGAACAAAGAUCUUGCCAGACGAGAAAUGACUGUCCGAAGGGACAGGCUUGCUACGGAAACUCGUGUAUGCCAACUUGCCGAAAUGACCAGAACUGUUUGGAAGAUGAGCGCUGCAUUCGUGGCACCUGUCGAACGGUUUGUAAUAGCGAUGCCUCUUGUACGAAUGGAUUAAUUUGCGAAAACCGCAUUUGCCAGACGGGAUGCCGAUCCGAUAAUAAUUGUCCGAGCAAUCAAGCUUGUAUCAACAAACAAUGUACGGAUCCUUGCACGGUUCUGGGACAAUGCGGGAGCUGCUCGGAGUGUUCCGUGGUUGACCAUGGAGUUAUGUGUAGCUGUCCAAAUGGCUAUCUGGGCAAUCCAUUGGUAUCAUGUGCACCACCACCGCAAAAAUGUAACUCUUACUGCUACUGUGACGAAGAAGGAGUAUUCUGUGCUGACAAAUGCAGACAAGCCAAGGACUGCGCAUGUGGUCAAACGUGUUCGCGCGGUAGGUGCCGAACGAAGUGUAAUCCAGGCUCUUGCCCAGCUGGGCAAUUGUGUCAAAACGGAGCUUGCAUUGCAGGUUGCCAAAGAAAUACGGACUGCUCUGGAGACAAAUCAUGCGUUAAUCGUAGAUGCGUUGACCCGUGUGCUGGUGGAAAGGCUUGCGGCAGGAAUGCCCUUUGUCAAGUGGCUGACCACCAAGCACUCUGCUUGUGCCCGGAUGGAUUCCAAGGGGACCCACGGGAAGGCUGCGUGCAAUACGAAUGUCAAACGAACCAAGACUGCGAACUGGAUAAAAAGUGCGUUGUAGGAAAGUGUACCAAUCCGUGUUUGGAGGACGGAGCAUGUGGCGUCAAUGCACAGUGCCGUGUCGUUAACCGACAGGCUCAGUGCUCAUGUACGCCAGGUUUCUUCGGUAACGCCCGCCAGGAAUGUCAACCACUGCAAAAGGAUAGCUGUUCGCAGAAUCCGUGUGGGGAAAAUACGAUCUGCCGUGAGGAUGCCAACGGAUACGAAUGUACUUGCCAGCCCGGCUGCAUGGGAAAUCCCAAACAGGGUUGUCUGUGCGAAGGCAAGCAAACCAACAAAUGUCACAACUUCCGCUGUGGAACCAACGCCAUCUGUCGGGUUACGCAGCAUGACGAACCGGAAUGCUACUGCCCGCCGUUGUACCCCGGAGGCGAUCCAUACACGGAAUGUACGAACGAACGAUCAGUAACCGAUUGUCGAACGACCGGAUGCUCCGAAGGAGAAUGCGUCCGAGACGGCACUCAGUUUAUCUGCCGUAACGACGAGUCCUGUGCGAACGAUAUGCAAUGUCCCAAUGAAAAGGCUUGUAUCGGAGGAAAGUGCUCGGACCCUUGCUCGUUGCGAGGAGCAUGCGGGGAUAAUGCCCUGUGCCAAACCGUGCUCCACCGUCCGCGCUGCUCGUGUCCCAACUGUUAUGUAGGCAGACCCAAUGUAGAAUGUAAGCCCGACCCAAAAUGCCAGGAAGUGAGCACACCGAAACCCAGCGAUCCGAAGAUCGUUUCGAUCGCGUGCGAAACAGAUAAUGACUGUGAUCCUACCCUAAGAUGUGACGCCAGCGGGCAGUGCAGUGAUCCCUGCACCAUUCCGACCACAUUCGUGUGCGAUCCGAAUAAGAAGUGCGUCUCAAGACGGCACCGUCCAGUUUGCGUCUGUAAACAUGGCUUCAUUGUCAAUGACUAUGGAGAACUGAUUUGUGCUCCCGAGAAACGCGAAUGCCAUGGCGAUGAUGGCUGCGCCUCCAAUAUGGCCUGUAUUGAUGGAAAAUGUUUGAAUCCUUGUAUGCCUUCGGCUACUAAAGGACCAGCCUGCCCGGAAGAUAAGGCAUGCCUUGUAAUGGAUCACAAACCAGCUUGCAUCUGCAUGAAGGAUUGUAGUCCGUCGCUCUCGAUUUGCCUGCGAGAUAGCGGAUGCCCAGCAGAUCUGGCCUGUCGAAACUACCAAUGCGUCAACCCUUGCGAAGCCACUCAAUGUGCUGACGACACACCAUGCUUUGUAGAAGACCAUAAACCGAUCUGUAAAUUCUGCCCUCCUGGAUUCGUCAGAGAUGCCCAUCAAGGAUGUUUGAAAGAAAUUGGAUGUAGACACAGUGACGAGUGCCCUGCGGAACGGUCCUGCAUCAACGGAGCGUGCAUCAACCCCUGCCAGGCCGGCAAUCCGUGCGAAGCCGGGCAGGAAUGCGAGGUUCAGAACCACGAAGCGGUGUGCAUCAAACUUUGCCAAUGUCAGCGGGCAAGUGACUGCGCAUCCGGUUUGGUAUGCGAUGGGUGCAACUGCAUCACACGGGACACGAACGUCAUUUCUGGCUGCGAACACUGCCAACCUGGUAUUCCAUGCAACCCGUUGACCGGUGCCUGCGUAAAAGAACCACCUGGCGCACCCAAAAUACCCGAACCCUGUCAAUCGGAUACCGACUGUAUUGAAACGGAGGUUUGUUUCAUGGAGGUAUGCGAGGAUCCCUGUCUGUUCGACGGCGUCUGCGCACCAACGGCGACCUGCCACGCCAAAAUGCACCGACCAAUCUGCACGUGUCCUGCGGGUCACGAGGGUAACCCAACAAUCAAGUGCACUCCACUGGAACCAAUCCAAUGCACCUCGAACGACGAAUGUCCCCUCAUGGAAGCCUGUGUCGGAAACGUGUGCCGUCGACCAUGCGACGUCAAAAACCCGUGUGCUCCGAACGCAGUAUGCAUCAAUCGGAACCACGGUUCUGAGUGCAGCUGUAUCGAAGGCUACCACGGAAACGGUUUCGUAGGUUGUCAACCAGUGACCACUCCGGGCUCAGUCUGUCAGUACAAUGAAGAUUGUCCACCGGAGAAGCUGUGCGACCGGUUGAACCGCGUCUGCAUCAAUCCAUGCCAGGAAGACUCCUGCGGAGACAAUGCCGACUGCUACCCUCGGAAUCAUGGUGUCGAAUGCCGUUGCCGAAGUGGAUUCACUGGAAACGCCUACAUCGAAUGCGUCCAGCUCCAUGGAUGCCGGUCCGAUAGCGAGUGUAGUUCACAUGAAGCUUGCAUAAAUGGCCAGUGCUUAUCUCCAUGUCAGUGCGGACCUAAUGCACUUUGCGAUGUUCGUAAUCACAAACCGCAAUGCAAAUGUCCUCCUGGAUACAAAGGGGAUGGUCGACUGGGAUGCAGUCCACCCAGCAACCCUUGCGAUCCGAACCCAUGUGGUCUGAACGCCAUGUGUGAAAUCGAUGCCGGCAGCCCAGUAUGCUUCUGUCCAAAGGGAUUGACAGGAAAUCCAUUCAAAAAUUGCAUUCCAGAAGGAGACGAUUGCACUCCAAAUCCUUGUGGACCAAAUACCGGAUGUCGUAAAAUCAACGGAAAAGCCGCUUGCUUCUGUCUACCGGAAUACGAAGGAAACCCGCCGGAGGUGCCCUGCAAACUACCCCACAAUCCCUGUGAACCUUCGCCAUGUGGACCGAACACACAGUGCGCAAUUUUGAACAAUGGUUUUGCCAAGUGUACGUGUCUCAGCGGAUAUAUCGAGAGUCCCAAUACGAUCAGAGGUUGCAUUGAGCCACGGAAUCCCUGCGAACCGAACCCUUGCGGUGUUGGAGCAGUGUGUGACUCGUCCCUGAACCCCGUGUGCUACUGCCCAGAAGGAAGCAUUGGAAACCCGUUCCGAAGCUGCGCUGAACCCGUUCUAACGCCCGAACUAUGCAAACCCGGUCCAUGCGGGGGCAAUGCUGAUUGCUACAUCGCGGACAAUCGCGAACAGUGCUACUGUAGAUCGGGUUACAUUGGAGAUCCUUAUGCGGGAUGUGUGGAGCAGCCCAGAUCGGUUUGUGAGCCCAACCCUUGCGGACCAGGAGCGGAAUGUUUGAUUCUAACUGAUGGAUCACCGGCAUGCAGAUGCCCACCUGGACUUAGUGGAGACCCGACAAGUGCUGAAGGCUGUCAUGGUUAUGAAUGUCGCGUAGACAAUGACUGUGCUGCCGAUAAGGCGUGCAUUGGCUUCCAAUGUGUUGAUCCCUGCCCAGGUGCUUGCGGAGCAGGUGCUCACUGUAAGGUCGAAAAGCAUCACCCCGUUUGUUUCUGUGACGCUGGUCUAACAGGAAACCCAGCCUACCGUUGCUACGCUCUGGAUACACCGGUUCCAGAUAAUCAAUGCAAACCUGGAGUAUGCGGCCUCAACACUCAGUGUACGAUGCGCAACCGUAGACCAGUUUGUAAGUGUCUGCCGAACUACAAGGGCGAUCCAAAGAGGGGCUGCAAACCGGAAUGCGAACUGAACUCUGACUGCCCUACCGAUAAGGCUUGCUACAACCGAAGAUGUGUACCUCCGUGCAAUGGUGCCGUAUGCGGUGUGAACGCCGAAUGCCAAGUCGAAUACCACACUCCGAUGUGUAAAUGUCCAAACGGCUACACAGGAGAUGCGUUCGUACAGUGCGUGCAGAUUCCGGAAGAUCGUAACAUGACGCGUCAACCUUGCCAGUCUUCACCUUGUGGACCUCAGGGCGUGUGCUCAGUCUACGGCAAUGACGUAGCCUUAUGUGACCCGUGCUCGACACCAGACGCCAUCCAUAACCCACGAUGCAGACCACAAUGUGUAUUGAACACAGACUGUCCAUUCAAUUUGGCAUGUUUGCAAGGAAAAUGUCAGGACCCUUGUCCAGGUUCUUGCGGAUAUAAUGCUUUGUGCACGGUUGAGCAACACCGCCCGGUGUGCUCCUGUCCUGCUGGUCUGUAUGGAAAUCCAUAUGAAAGGUGUAUUCAACAGGAUACACCUCUCGAAACAUGUGAUACAAUUCGCUGCGGAGCGAAUACCGACUGCAAACGAAUGGGUGGAGUCUUGGCCUGUGUCUGUAAGAAAAACUAUUUCGGAGAUCCUCUUGUUGGUUGUAGACCAGAGUGCGUAAUCAAUACCGAUUGUCAAAGUAACAAGGCUUGUGUUAAUAACCGUUGUCAAGAUCCUUGCGUCGGAGUAUGUGGAGUAGGUGCUCUCUGCAAAGUUGUCAACCAUGUUCCGGUAUGCUACUGUCCACCAACGCAUACUGGUGACGCUUUGAUCGCUUGUACGGAGAAGGCCUAUCUGCCACCGGACACUACCCCUUGCGAUCCAAACCCAUGCGGUCCGAACAGCAAGUGUCUCACAACACCCGACAAUUACGCUGUAUGUUCAUGCCUUCAAGGGUUCCGAGGAGUACCACCAGCCUGUCAAGCGGAAUGUAUGAUCAACGCCGAAUGUCCCCAGAACAAAGCUUGCAUCAACCUGAAGUGCGUUGAUCCAUGCCCAGGCACUUGCGGAGUCGGAGCCAGGUGCGAGGUGUUGAACCACAAUCCAAUCUGUAGCUGCGGACCGAACCAAGAAGGAGAUCCGUUUGUUAUCUGCGAAGGUAGACAAAAGGAACCACCAACCGAAACCCCAAGGAAUCCUUGCAAUCCAUCACCGUGCGGUAUGAACUCGAUUUGUCAAGUCAAACGCAAUCGCCCGGUAUGCUCGUGUCAACCAAACUUUAUCGGAAGCCCUCCACACUGUCGACCGGAAUGUGUUCUCAGUACAGAAUGUCCGCAGGACAAGGCCUGUAUUAACGAAAAAUGCCAAAACCCUUGCGCUAAUGCCUGUGGUUCCAAUGCGGAGUGUCACGUGGUGGCUCAUUCCGCGUUCUGCAACUGUAAACAAGGAUAUGAAGGAGAUGCCUUUGUUGGAUGUUCAGAAGUGCAAAGAACGCCACCAGAACCUAGAGACCCCUGCUACCCGAAUCCGUGCGCUGAGAAUGCUGUUUGUUCGACAGUUAAUGGGGCUGCCAAAUGUACAUGCAUUGCACCAUAUCUGGGAGAUCCUUACAACACGGGAUGUAGACCUGAAUGUGUGCUCAAUUCGGACUGUGCAAGCCCGUUAGCUUGUAUCAAUCAACACUGCCGAGAUCCGUGCCCUGGAGUAUGUGGAUCAAACGCUGAAUGUACCGUAGCUAAUCACAUCCCAGUAUGCGAAUGUAGUCGGGGUUACAUUGGUGAUCCAUUCCGUGGCUGCCGUCGGGAAGCUCCACAGCCAAUGCCACCGUCGGAUCCAUGCGCUCAAUGUCCAUCAAAUAGUGUAUGUCGAAUAGUGCAAGGUCGUCCGACAUGCUCCUGUCCGGAAGGCUACCGCGGAGCACCGCCAGCGUGUAGACCCGAAUGUUCCAGCAAUGAAGAAUGUCCCCACGAUCAGAGUUGCAUAAAUCUCAAAUGCAAGGACCCAUGCCCAGGACUAUGCGGGGUGAAUGCACAGUGCCAGGUCAUCAACCACAAACCGUUCUGUAGUUGCUUGCGUGAUUACUAUGGAAAUCCAUUCGAGCAGUGUAUGCCAAAACCAGCUGAACCAGUGCAUCCAUGUCAACCGAGUCCAUGCGGGCCAUAUUCUGAGUGUCGCGAAGUCAACGAUCGAGCUGUUUGUUCGUGCGUAUCUGGAAUGCUCGGUGCUCCCCCGAACUGUCGUCCCGAAUGUGAAACUCAUCAAGACUGCCCAUCGAACCGAGCAUGCUUCGCGCAGAAAUGCAAAGAUCCAUGCGUCGGAUCCUGUGGCUUCAAUGCUCAAUGCGUGUCUCGUGAUCAUCGCCCCGAAUGCUACUGCAUGGAAGGUUUCGAGGGUGACCCGUACACCGGAUGCAGUCCGAAAGUCAUCUACCGGGAAGAAUUUCUAGAACCGUGCAACCCGUCGCCAUGUGGAUCAAAUGCUAUUUGUAAAGAACGUAGUGGUGCUGGCUCUUGUACUUGCAUGCAGGACUAUUUUGGUGAUCCUUAUGUUAGCUGUAGACCCGAAUGCGUUCAGAAUUCAGAUUGCCCGUACGACAGGUCAUGCGUCAAUACCAAGUGUGUCGAUCCAUGCGUAGGUACUUGUGGUCUGAAUGCCGAAUGUCGUGUACAUAAUCAUGCUCCCACCUGCACGUGUGUCAAUGGAUUCGUGGGCAACCCAUCACUUGGCUGUCACCUUCUUGUAAUAGAAAAACCUAAAGACGAGCCUCUAGACCCUUGUGUUCCAUCACCAUGUGGGCCGUACAGCAUUUGUCGGGUAGUGAAUAAUCGCGCCGUGUGUUCAUGUCAGGACUUCUGCAACGGGGCACCCCCGAACUGUAGACCGGAGUGUAUGAUCAAUUCCGAGUGCUCUCGGGAUAAAUCAUGCAUCAAUCAGCGUUGCGUUGAUCCUUGUCCUGGAACAUGCGGCGUACACGCUAGGUGUCGCUCCGUUAAUCACAAUCCGAUCUGUAGCUGUAAUCCAGGGUUCAUCGGUGAUCCGUUUGUUAGAUGUUACCCAGAACCGACACAACCGAUCUUGCAAGAGGAAAAUCCUAACCCUUGCCAACCAUCACCAUGUGGUCCGAAUGCAAUAUGUCGGGUUCAAAGUAAUCGAGCGGUUUGCUCAUGUGUGUCCAAUUACAUUGGGCGACCACCAAAUUGUCGACCCGAGUGUGUCGUCAAUUCUGAAUGUCCACUGCAACAGGCAUGUGUGAACGAAAAAUGUGUAGAUCCAUGUUACGGUUCCUGUGGACCCAACGCCGAAUGUAGAGUUGUGUCACAUAGACCCAUGUGUUCAUGUUACCCCGAUUAUACGGGCGAUCCUUUCUCUGGUUGCAAUAGAAUACAAAUAACCUACGAUCCUCCACCCAUGCCGUGUACACCAAGUCCAUGUGGUGUUAAUGCCGUGUGCAGGGAACAAAAUGGAGCUGGUUCAUGCUCUUGUUUGCCGGAAUAUUUUGGCGACCCAUACGUCGGUUGCCGACCAGAAUGUGUCAUGAACAGUGACUGCCCUAGAACACGAUCCUGUAUCAAUAGCAAAUGCGUAGAUCCUUGCCCAGGAACAUGCGGUAGCAAUGCCGAAUGUCACGUCGUUAAUCAUGCGCCAACUUGCACUUGUAUUGGCGGAUACAUCGGUAAUCCGUUCACGGCUUGUACACCUCAGCCGGAAAUUCGAGAGGAACCGAUCAAUCCUUGCCAACCCUCUCCUUGUGGGCCGAAUAGCAUCUGUCGUGUGGUCAACAACCACGCCGUCUGCUCUUGCAGCACAAACUUUAUCGGUACUCCUCCGAAUUGCCGACCGGAGUGUGUCGUUAGUUCCGAGUGUCCUUUGGACAAGGCCUGUCUCGGCCAGAAAUGCAAAGAUCCUUGUCCGGGAACUUGCGGACUGAAUGCACGCUGUCAGGUUGUCAAUCAUAAUCCAAUCUGCAGUUGCCAGAACGGAUUCACUGGUGAUCCAUUCAUCCGAUGUGUCCCAGAAGAAAAACGACCUGUCGUAAGCGACCCAGUCAACCCUUGUCAGCCCUCACCUUGCGGACCGAAUUCACAGUGUAAGCCUGUUGGCAAUACCGCUGCUUGCUCGUGCCUUCCAAAUUAUGUUGGACGAGCUCCCAACUGCCGCCCAGAAUGCACUUCAAACUCUCAAUGUUCACCAAUGCAAGCCUGCAUCAACGAGAAAUGCAAAGAUCCUUGCCCUGGAUCAUGCGGAACAUACGCUACUUGUGUGGUUCAAAACCAUCAACCGAGCUGCAAAUGCUACGAUGGAUACACCGGAGAUCCGUAUUCGGCGUGUAUGCCUGUUCCAAUUCACCGUGAACCAGAACAUGUUGAUCCAUGCAAUCCUUCGCCAUGCGGAGUGAACGCUGAAUGUAACGUGCGUAACAAUGCCGGCUCUUGUACUUGUUUGCCGGACUAUUUCGGUGAUCCGUAUCACGAGUGCAGACCUGAAUGUGUCCUCAAUACCGAUUGUCCAAAAACACGAUCGUGUCUCAAUAACAAGUGCAAAGAUCCGUGCCCAGGCAUGUGUGGAUUGAACGCUGAAUGCUUCGUUUCCAACCACGCUCCAACCUGCUCAUGCAUAGCCGGGUUCACGGGUAAUCCAUCAGUUGCGUGCCACGAGAUUCCCAAAUCUGAUCCAGUUCCCAAGAAUCCUUGUCGGCCGUCCCCAUGCGGGCCAUACAGUGAAUGCCGCGAGGUUAACAAUCAUGCAGUCUGCUCUUGUCAGAAGAAUUACAUCGGUACUCCUCCGGCUUGUCGACCGGAAUGUACUGUCAGCUCAGAAUGUCCUCAAGACAAAGCUUGCGUGAACCAGAAAUGCGUUGAUCCAUGUCCCGGCACUUGUGGUCUGAACGCCAGGUGCAAUGUCAUAAACCACAACCCGAUCUGCAGCUGUUCGCCUGGAUUUACUGGCGACCCCUUCAUUCGGUGCCUACCGGAAGAAAAAGACUUGGAACCCAAAGUACCCGAAAAUCCAUGCGUUCCUAAUCCGUGCGGUCCCAACUCGCAAUGCCGUGCGGUAGGGAACGUCCCAGCGUGCUCAUGUCUACCGAACUACAUAGGACGGGCGCCGAACUGCCGACCAGAGUGCACCAUCAAUUCGGAAUGUCCCGGAAACCUUGCAUGCAUGAACGAAAAAUGUCAAGACCCAUGCCCAGGUUCCUGUGGCCCCAAUGCUAUCUGUAACGUGAUUAAACACUCCCCCGUAUGCUCCUGCUCGUCCGGCUAUACCGGUGAUCCCUUCUCUGGGUGUAUGACUAUUCCUCCCCAACCAAUACGCGACGAAAGACAAGAUCCCUGCAAUCCUUCUCCAUGUGGAUCAAAUGCAGUUUGUAAGGAACGUAAUGGUGCUGGCUCUUGUACAUGUCUGCCGGAAUACUUCGGCGAUCCGUACAGUGGAUGCCGUCCGGAAUGUGUGACCAAUAGCGAUUGCCCACGUAACAAGGCCUGCAUCAAUAACAAAUGCAAAGACCCAUGCCCAGGGGUGUGCGGAAUCAAUGCCGAAUGUUACGUGGUCAAUCACUCGCCCAGUUGCACUUGUAUUUCGGGCUUUACUGGGGAUCCACUGUCCGCUUGCCACGAACCGAAGCAAAACGAACCAAUCAAUCCGUGUUCGCCGUCUCCGUGCGGACCCAAUAGCAUAUGCCGCGAAAUCAACGGACACGCGGUUUGCUCUUGUCAGACAGGUUUCAUUGGGACACCACCAAGUUGUCGGCCGGAAUGUGUCGUUAGCUCCGAAUGUCCCUUGGACAAGGCUUGCAUUAAUCAAAAAUGCCAAGAUCCCUGUCCGGGAACAUGCGGGCAGAACGCACGUUGUCAGAUCGUCAAUCAUAGCCCUAUCUGUAGCUGUUCUCCUGGCUUCACCGGGGAUCCCUUCAUAAGGUGUCUACCGGAAGAAAAACGCCCUGUGGUAUCUGAGCCUAUUGAUCCAUGUGUGCCGUCUCCCUGCGGACCAAACUCACAGUGUCGGGCUGUCGGCAAUACGCCGGCCUGCUCUUGCCUUCCGAACUAUGUCGGCAGGGCACCCAACUGUCGGCCGGAGUGUAUGAUAAACGCCGAAUGUCCCGCAAAUCUGGCAUGUGUAAACGAGAAAUGUAAAGAUCCUUGCGUAGGCUCAUGUGGCUUAAAUGCCAUUUGCACUGUAAUUAAGCACAAUCCAGUCUGCGAAUGCCAAGCUGGAUUCACUGGGGAUCCAUUUUCAGUUUGCACAGAGUUCAUUCAGCGUGCCCCUGAACCCGUCAAUCCUUGCAAUCCAUCGCCAUGCGGAGCUAAUGCCGUGUGUAAAGAACGUAACGGUGCUGGAUCUUGCUCAUGCUUGCCGGACUAUUUCGGUGAUCCAUACACCGGAUGUAGACCGGAGUGUGUUCAAAACUCCGACUGCGACAAGUUCCGAGCAUGUAUCAACAACAAAUGCAAGGAUCCAUGCCCUGGAGUAUGCGGAUUGAACGCUGAAUGCCGAGUACAGAACCAUAGUCCUCUAUGUUUCUGCCUGCAAGGAUACACUGGAAACCCUACGGCAGGUUGUUCAUUCGAAGAAAGAGUAACAGAACGACCUAAAGAUGUGGGUUGCUCUCCAUCACCUUGCGGACCGAACAGCCUCUGUCGGGAAGUGAACGGUCAUCCGGUGUGUUCAUGUCAGUCAGGAUACAUCGGAACUCCUCCAUCCUGCCGACCGGAAUGCGUUGUCAGCUCCGAGUGCAGCCAGGAUCGAGCAUGUGUUAACCAGAAAUGUGUCGAUCCAUGCCCAGGUACCUGCGGAACGAAUGCUCGUUGUCAAGUAGUCAACCACAAUCCGAUCUGCAGCUGUUCGCCAGGAUACACCGGUGAUCCAUUCAUUCGGUGCGUGAAGAAGGAGGUUGUGCCUAUUGAAUCCGAACCAAUCGAUCCCUGCUUGCCAUCGCCAUGUGGACCGAACUCCCAGUGCAGAGUGGUAGGAACGCAAGCGGCUUGCACAUGCCAAGCGAACUACAUCGGACGGCCACCAAACUGCCGUCCGGAAUGCACCAUCGAUGCAGAAUGCGCCAGUAACCUGGCUUGCCAGAACGAACGCUGUAUUGAUCCAUGUCCAGGAGCCUGUGGAAGCAACGCUAUCUGCCAAGUUGUUAAUCAUCGCGCUGUUUGCACAUGCAGCGAUGGUUACGAAGGUAACCCGCUGUUGCAAUGUGACCGUUCCGUUCCACCAACGACUGAACGAUUAACGCCAUGUACGCCCUCACCAUGUGGACCAAACGCUGAAUGUAAAGAAAGAAACAAUGCCGGAGCGUGUUACUGCCUACCGAACUAUGAAGGAAAUCCGUACGAUGUGUUCACCGGAUGUCGAAGGGAAUGUGACGUCAACAGUGACUGUGCCGACAAAUUGGCCUGUGUUAAUUACAAGUGCGUUGAUCCAUGUCCCGGAGUAUGUGGAAGUCAGGCCCUAUGCGAGAUUGUGAAUCACGUUCCAACGUGUGUUUGUCCGGAAGGAAUGGUUGGUGAUCCGUUCACGCGGUGUGUGUUGAAACAAGAAGAGCCAAUAACAAGAGCGCCACCAGUUUGCGAUCAGAGCACAUGUGGACCAAACAGCAUUUGUCGUAUCCAGAACGGCGUUGCCAUUUGCAAGUGUCAACCGGAAAUGACCGGAAGCCCGCCAAACUGCAGACCUGAAUGCCAGCUUAGCACCGAGUGCGACUCGCAAAAAGCAUGCGUCAAUUACAAAUGUAUCGAUCCUUGCCCAGGUUCAUGCGGACAGAACGCCAAGUGCCAAGUGAUCAAUCACAACCCGAUAUGCAGCUGCAGUCCGGGUUACACCGGUGAUCCAUUCUCACGGUGCUACAAGGAAGUCAGUACAACUACAGAGCGUCCAAAGACGCUCUGUGUCCCGUCACCAUGCGGACCGAAUGCCGAGUGCAAGGUCGUCGGUAACAAGGAAGCCUGCUCAUGUCUGCCGGACUAUACCGGAUCGCCGCCGAACUGCCGUCCCGAGUGUGUGCUCAGCAACGAGUGCGCCCAGAAUCAGGCCUGCAUCCGGCAGAAGUGUACCGACCCGUGUCCGGGAUCUUGCGGCCUCAACGCCCGCUGCACAGUGAUCAAUCAUACGCCGAGCUGCUCCUGCGAGGAGGGUUAUACGGGCGAUCCGUUCACCGGUUGCCAGUUCAUCCAAGCCGAUAUUCCCAAAGAGAACCAGUCCCCUUGUGUGCCCAGCCCGUGCGGGGCCAAUGCCAUCUGCCGGGAGCAGAACGGUGCCGGGUCGUGUACCUGCAUCGAGGAUCACUUUGGAAAUCCCUACGAAGGUUGUCGCCCCGAGUGUGUCUUGAAUUCGGACUGUCCCUCCAAUAGGGCCUGCAUCCGUAACCGCUGUCAGGACCCGUGUCCCGGAACGUGCGGCCAGAGCGCCGAGUGUCAAGUUGUCAAUCACCUGCCCUCGUGCACCUGCAUCGAUGGAUACGAGGGUGAUCCCUUCCGAUAUUGCCAUGUCAAACAGAGAGAACCCAUCGUGAGUCAGGAUCCAUGCAAUCCAACUCCAUGCGGACCUAACAGUCAAUGUAGAGAGGUUAACGAACAAGCUGUCUGCUCGUGUUUGCCAACGUACGUCGGUUCUCCCCCAGGAUGUCGACCGGAAUGUGUCACCAGUUCUGAAUGUUCGCUGGAUAGAGCAUGUAUCAAUCAGAAAUGUGUUGAUCCUUGCCCUGGAACUUGUGGCACAAAUACAAGAUGCAACGUAAACAAUCACAGUCCUAUUUGCACUUGUAGAUCUGGUUACACUGGAGAUCCGUUCACGCGAUGUUACCCCAAUCCACCGCCCCCUCAAGAUACUCAAAUUAUUGUCCGAGAUCCUUGUGUUCCGUCUCCAUGUGGAACAAACUCUCAAUGUCGUAACACGAACGGAGUGCCGUCCUGCUCAUGCCUUGCAAACUAUAUUGGGUCACCACCCAAUUGUAGACCGGAGUGCAUGAUUAACGCGGAAUGUCCAAGUAAUCAGGCGUGUAUGAACGAGAAAUGCAGAGACCCAUGUCCCGGAUCCUGCGGAAUUGGAGCCAGAUGUAAUGUAAUUAACCAUACCCCGACCUGUACUUGUGAAACUGGGUACACGGGAGAUCCGUUUACAAAUUGCUACCCUGAGCCACCGCCUCCAAGAGAACCAGUGCGGGAUGACCCAUGCAAUCCAUCUCCAUGUGGACCGAAUGCGCAAUGCAACAAUGGAAUCUGCACUUGUUUACCUGAAUAUCAAGGUGACCCUUACCAAGGAUGUCGUCCGGAGUGUGUUCUUAACUCGGAUUGCCCACGUGACAAGGCCUGCAUACGCAGCAAAUGCGUUGAUCCUUGUCCAGGAACAUGUGGACAGGAUGCUUUGUGCGAAGUCAUCAACCACAUUCCAAUGUGCAGUUGCCCAGCCGGAAUGGCUGGCAACGCAUUUGUGCAAUGCAGGCCUCAACAGGCCCCACCAGUCAGCAAUCCGUGUAAUCCAUCACCAUGCGGUCCGAACAGUCAAUGUCGAGAAGUAAAUGGCCAAGCUGUGUGUUCGUGUGUGCCAGGGUUCAUUGGAAGUCCGCCAACCUGCAGACCGGAAUGCGUCGUUAGUUCUGAAUGUCCACAAAAUCAGGCCUGUAACAAUCAAAAAUGUAGAGAUCCAUGUCCAGGAACAUGCGGUGUCGGAGCACGAUGCUCUGUUGUUAAUCAUAACCCAAUCUGCAGUUGUCCGGGAAGAUACACUGGUGAUCCAUUCAUCCGUUGUCAGCCUAUGAUUGAUCCUCCAGUUCAAAUGACUCCUGUCCAUCCGUGCCAACCGUCUCCAUGUGGUCCGAAUGCUGAAUGCCGACCUGUUGGUGACUCACCGUCAUGCACCUGCUUGGAUAACAUGAUUGGAACGCCUCCCAAUUGCCGACCUGAAUGCGUCAGUAAUACGGAAUGUGCAAGUAAUCUUGCCUGUAUUCGGCAGAAAUGUCAGAAUCCAUGUACGGGAGCUUGCGGAGCGAACGCUGAGUGUCGAGUCGUCAGCCAUACACCGAUGUGCAUCUGUUCAGUUGGAUUCACUGGCGAUCCGUUCACUCAGUGCGUGCCUGUUCAGCAGGAUGUUCCAAGGGAGCCAGUCUCACCGUGUAUUCCAAGCCCGUGCGGAGCCAAUGCGGUCUGUAGGGAGCAGAACGGUGCCGGCUCAUGCACGUGCAUUGAGGAUUACUUUGGUAACCCGUAUGAGGGAUGUAGACCAGAGUGCGUAUUGAACUCGGAUUGUCCUUCGAGCAGAGCUUGCGUGCGAAACAAGUGUCAAGACCCGUGCCCGGGAACUUGUGGUCAGAAUGCGGAUUGUCUGGUAGUCAACCAUCUACCGUCCUGCACAUGCUACCAAGGAUACGAAGGAGAUCCGUUCAGAUUUUGUACUAUCCUACAAUAUGUGGACCCAUGCCAGCCGAGUCCAUGUGGUCCGAACAGUCAAUGUCGUGAAAUCAACGGGCAGGGCGUUUGCUCGUGCUUGCCUACAUACAUUGGAUCUCCUCCUGGAUGUCGACCAGAAUGUGUUUCCAGUUCUGAAUGUUCUCUGGAUAAGGCUUGUGUCAAUCAGAAAUGUGUUGAUCCUUGUCCUGGGACUUGUGGGACGAACGCCAGAUGUAAUGUCAAUAAUCAUAGUCCCAUAUGCUCUUGUCAAUCGGGAUACACUGGAGAUCCGUUUACACGAUGCUACCCUAAUCCACCACCACCACAAGAUACUCAAAUCGUUGUCCGCGACCCUUGUGCCCCUUCACCAUGUGGUCCAAACUCUCAAUGUCGAAACAUCAAUGGAAGUCCAUCCUGCUCUUGUCUAGUCAACUACAUUGGAUCACCACCUAAUUGUAGACCUGAAUGUAUGAUCAAUGCUGAAUGUCAAAGUAAUCAGGCUUGUAUGAACGAGAAAUGCAGGGAUCCAUGUCCUGGAUCAUGCGGAGUUGGAGCCAGAUGUAAUGUCAUUAAUCAUACUCCGAUCUGUACCUGUGAAGCCGGAUAUACGGGAGAUCCGUUCACGAAUUGCUACCCUGAACCACCACCUUCGAGAGAGCCAGUACGAGAUGAUCCAUGCAAUCCAUCACCUUGUGGACCAAAUGCGCAAUGUAACAACGGUAUCUGCACUUGUUUACCUGAAUACCAAGGAGACCCGUAUCAAGGAUGUCGACCUGAAUGCGUCCUCAACUCGGACUGCCCUCGUGACAAGGCCUGCAUCCGCAGCAAGUGUGUUGAUCCUUGUCCAGGAACAUGCGGACAGGAUGCCUUGUGUGAAGUCAUUAACCACAUUCCAAUGUGCAGUUGUCCAAACGGCAUGGCAGGAAAUGCAUUUGUACAAUGCAGACCUCAGCAAGUCCCACCAGUCAGCAACCCAUGCAAUCCAUCACCAUGUGGACCUAACAGUCAAUGUAGAGAGAUAAAUGGACAAGCAGUAUGCUCAUGUGUGCCUGGAUACCUCGGAAGUCCUCCCACUUGUAGACCAGAAUGCGUCGGUCACUCAGAAUGUCCUCAAAACCAAGCUUGCAACAACCAGAAAUGUAGAGACCCAUGUCCAGGGACAUGUGGUGUCGGAGCUCGGUGCUCCGUUGUCAAUCACAAUCCAAUCUGCAGUUGCCCCCAACGUUACACUGGUGAUCCAUUUAUCCGUUGUCAACCCAUAAUUGAACCUCCAGUUCAAAUGACCCCUGUCAAUCCAUGUCAACCAUCUCCAUGUGGUCCGAAUGCUGAAUGUCGACCCGUUGGUGACUCCCCAUCAUGCACAUGUUUGGAUAACAUGAUUGGAUCGCCUCCCAACUGUCGACCAGAAUGUGUCAGUAAUUCCGAAUGUCCAAGCAAUCUUGCCUGUAUUCGGCAAAAAUGUCAGAAUCCAUGUACGGGAGCCUGUGGUUCGAACGCUGAGUGUCGCGUCGUCAGUCAUACCCCCAUGUGCAUCUGCACGGUUGGAUAUACUGGCGAUCCGUUUACCCAAUGUGUACCUGUUCAGCAGGAUGUCCCAAGAGAACCAACAUCCCCAUGUGUUCCUAGUCCGUGCGGAGCCAAUGCCGCCUGUAGAGAACAGAACGGUGCCGGAUCAUGUACUUGUGUUGACGAUCACUUCGGAAACCCAUACGAAGGUUGCAGACCGGAAUGUGUUUUGAACUCAGAUUGUCCUUCGAAUCGAGCUUGUGUUCGGAACAAAUGCCAAGACCCAUGUCCGGGAACAUGUGGUCAAAAUGCAGAUUGCCAAGUAGUUAAUCAUUUGCCUUCGUGUACUUGCUUCUCGGGAUACGAAGGGGAUCCCUUCCGAUACUGCAAUGUACAACAACGUGAACCUAUCCAAGAAUACGUAAACCCUUGUCAACCAAGUCCGUGUGGCCCGAACAGUCAAUGUCGUGAAAUCAACGGACAGGGCGUAUGUUCCUGCCUGCCUACAUAUGUUGGAUCUCCUCCUGGAUGCCGACCGGAAUGUGUUACCAGUUCUGAAUGUUCUCUGGAUAAGGCUUGUGUCAAUCAGAAAUGUGUUGAUCCUUGUCCUGGAACUUGUGGGACGAACGCCAGAUGUAAUGUCAACAACCAUAGCCCCAUCUGCUCUUGUCAAUCAGGAUACACUGAUCCGUUUUCAAGAUGCUACCCCAAUCCACCACCUCCUCAAGAUACUCAAGUUGUGGUCCGAGAUCCUUGUAUUCCAUCACCAUGCGGUCCAAACUCUCAAUGUCGAAACAGCAACGGAAGUCCAUCGUGCUCUUGUCUAGUCAACUACAUUGGAUCACCACCUAAUUGUAGACCUGAGUGCACGAUCAAUGCCGAAUGUCCAAGUAACCAGGCUUGUAUGAACGAGAAAUGCAGGGAUCCGUGUCCUGGAUCAUGCGGAGUUGGAGCCAGAUGUAAUGUCAUUAAUCACACGCCGAUCUGUACUUGUGAGGCUGGAUACACGGGAGAUCCGUUCACGAAUUGCUACCCAGAACCACCACCUCCGAGAGAGCCAGUACGAGAUGACCCAUGUAAUCCAUCCCCUUGUGGACCAAAUGCACAGUGCAACAACGGCAUUUGCACUUGUUUACCUGAAUACCAAGGAGACCCGUACCAAGGAUGUCGACCUGAAUGCGUCCUCAACUCGGACUGCCCUCGUGACAAGGCCUGUAUCCGCAGCAAGUGUGUUGAUCCUUGCCCAGGAACAUGCGGACAGGAUGCCUUGUGUGAAGUCAUUAAUCACAUUCCAAUGUGCAGUUGUCCAAAUGGAAUGGCCGGCAACGCCUUUGUUCAAUGCCGACCUCAGCAGGCCCCACCAGUCAGUAAUCCAUGUAACCCGUCCCCUUGUGGCCCCAAUAGUCAAUGUAGAGAGAUCAACGGCCAAGCUGUGUGCUCUUGUGUGCCUGGAUACAUCGGUAGUCCACCCACUUGUAGACCGGAAUGUGUUGUCAGCUCCGAAUGUCCUCAAAACCAAGCUUGCAACAACCAGAAGUGCAGAGACCCAUGUCCAGGGACAUGUGGUGUCGGAGCUCGGUGCUCCGUUGUCAAUCACAAUCCAAUCUGCAGUUGGCCAGAACGAUACACUGGUGAUCCAUUCAUCCGUUGUCAACCCAUAAUUGAACCUCCAGUUCAAAUGACUCCUGUCAAUCCUUGUCAACCAUCUCCAUGUGGUCCGAAUGCUGAAUGUCGACCCGUUGGAGACUCCCCAUCAUGCACAUGUUUGGAUAACAUGAUUGGAUCGCCUCCCAACUGUCGACCAGAAUGCAUCAGUAAUUCAGAAUGUCCAAGCAAUCUUGCCUGUAUUCGACAAAAAUGUCAGAAUCCAUGUACGGGAGCCUGUGGUUCGAACGCUGAGUGUCGCGUCGUCAGUCAUACCCCCAUGUGCAUCUGCUCGAUAGGAUUCACUGGCGAUCCGUUCACCCAAUGUGUACCUGUUCAGCAGGAUGUCCCAAGAGAGCCAACGUCCCCAUGUGUUCCUAGUCCGUGCGGAGCCAAUGCCGUCUGUAGAGAACAGAACGGUGCCGGAUCGUGCACUUGUGUUGACGAUCACUUCGGGAACCCAUACGAAGGUUGCAGGCCGGAAUGUGUUUUGAACUCAGAUUGUCCAUCAAAUCGAGCUUGCGUUCGGAACAAAUGCCAAGACCCAUGUCCGGGAACCUGUGGUCAAAAUGCAGAUUGCCAAGUCGUUAAUCAUCUGCCUUCAUGUACUUGCUUCUCGGGAUACGAAGGGGAUCCCUUCCGAUACUGCAAUGUACAACAACGUGAACCUAUCCAAGAAUACGUAAACCCUUGUCAACCAAGUCCGUGUGGCCCGAACAGUCAAUGUCGUGAAAUCAACGGACAGGGCGUAUGUUCCUGCCUGCCUAUAGAUGUUGGAUCUCCGCCGGGAUGCCGACCGGAAUGUGUUACCAGUUCUGAAUGUUCUCUGGAUAAGGCUUGUGUCAACCAGAAAUGUGUUGAUCCUUGUCCUGGAACUUGUGGGACGAACGCCAGAUGUAAUGUCAACAACCAUAGCCCCAUCUGCUCUUGUCAAUCGGGAUACACUGGAGAUCCGUUUUCAAGAUGCUACCCCAAUCCACCACCUCCUCAAGAUACUCAAGUUGUGGUCCGAGAUCCUUGUAUUCCUUCACCAUGCGGUCCAAACUCUCAAUGUCGAAACAUUAACGGAAGUCCAUCGUGCUCUUGUCUAGUCAACUACAUUGGAUCACCACCCAACUGUAGACCUGAGUGUACGAUCAAUGCCGAAUGUCCAAGUAACCAGGCUUGUAUGAACGAGAAAUGCAGGGAUCCGUGUCCUGGAUCAUGCGGAGUUGGAGCCAGAUGUAAUGUAAUUAAUCAUACGCCGAUCUGUACAUGUGAGGCUAGAUACACGGGAGAUCCGUUCACGAAUUGCUACCCUGAACCACCACCUCCGAGAGAGCCAGUACGAGAUGAUCCAUGCAAUCCAUCACCUUGUGGAUCAAAUGCGCAAUGUAGCAACGGUAUCUGCACUUGUUUACCUGAAUACCAAGGAGACCCAUAUCAAGGAUGUCGACCUGAAUGCGUUCUCAACUCCGAUUGUCCACGUGACAAAGCUUGCAUUCGCAGCAAGUGCGUUGAUCCUUGUCCAGGAACAUGCGGACAGGAUGCCUUGUGUGAAGUCAUUAACCACAUUCCAAUGUGCAGUUGUCCAAACGGCAUGGCAGGAAAUGCAUUUGUACAAUGCAGACCUCAGCAAGCCCCACCAGUCAGCAACCCAUGCAAUCCAUCACCAUGUGGACCUAACAGUCAAUGUAGAGAGAUAAAUGGACAAGCAGUAUGCUCAUGUGUGCCUGGAUACAUCGGAAGUCCUCCCACUUGUAGACCAGAGUGCGUCGGUCACUCAGAAUGUCCACAAAAUCAAGCUUGCAACAACCAGAAGUGUAGAGACCCAUGUCCAGGGACAUGUGGUGUCGGAGCUCGAUGCUCCGUUGUCAAUCACAAUCCAAUCUGCAGUUGCCCUGAAAGAUACACUGGUGAUCCAUUCAUCCGUUGUCAACCCAUAAUUGAACCUCCAGUUCAAAUGACUCCUGUCAAUCCUUGUCAGCCAUCUCCAUGUGGUCCGAAUGCUGAAUGUCGACCCGUUGGAGACUCCCCAUCAUGUACAUGUUUGGAUAACAUGAUUGGAUCGCCUCCCAACUGUCGACCAGAAUGUGUCAGUAAUUCCGAAUGUCCAAGCAAUCUUGCCUGUAUUCGGCAAAAAUGUCAGAAUCCAUGUACGGGAGCCUGUGGUUCGAACGCUGAGUGUCGCGUCGUCAGUCAUACCCCCAUGUGCAUCUGCUCGAUAGGAUUCACUGGCGAUCCGUUCACCCAAUGUGUACCUGUUCAGCAGGAUGUCCCAAGAGAGCCAACGUCCCCAUGUGUUCCUAGUCCGUGCGGAGCCAAUGCCAUUUGUAGAGAACAGAACGGUGCCGGAUCAUGUACUUGUGUUGACGAUCAUUUCGGAAACCCAUACGAAGGUUGCAGACCGGAAUGUGUUUUGAACUCAGAUUGUCCAUCGAACAGAGCUUGCGUUCGGAACAAAUGCCAAGACCCAUGUCCGGGGACCUGCGGACAAAAUGCAGCUUGCCAAGUCGUUAAUCAUCUGCCUUCGUGUACUUGCUUCUCGGGAUACGAAGGAGAUCCCUUCCGAUACUGCAACGUGCAACAACGUGAACCUAUCCAACAAUAUGUGAACCCGUGCCAACCCAGUCCGUGUGGACCGAACAGCCAAUGUCGUGAAAUCAAUGGACAGGCCGUUUGCUCGUGCCAGCCCACAUACAUUGGAUCUCCUCCAGGAUGUCGACCGGAAUGCGUCUCCAGUUCCGAAUGUUCUCUCGAUAAGGCCUGUGUCAACCAGAAAUGUGUUGACCCAUGCCCGGGAACUUGCGGUACCAAUGCCAGAUGCAAUGUAAACAACCAUAGUCCCAUUUGUUCGUGUCAAUCUGGUUACACUGGAGAUCCAUUCACACGAUGCUAUCCUAAUCCACCUCCUCCUCAAGAUACCCAAGUUGUUGUUCGCGACCCUUGUGCCCCUUCACCAUGCGGACCAAAUUCGCAAUGCCGAAACGUUAACGGAGUGCCAUCGUGCUCUUGUCUAGUCAACUACAUUGGUUCUCCACCCAACUGUAGACCUGAGUGUACCAUCAAUGCUGAAUGUCCAAGUAAUCAAGCCUGCAUGAAUGAGAAAUGCAGAGAUCCAUGUCCAGGAUCAUGCGGAAUCGGAGCCAGAUGUAAUGUCAUUAAUCAUACGCCGAUCUGUACAUGUGAAGCUGGAUAUACGGGAGAUCCGUUCACGAAUUGCUACCCUGAACCACCACCACCGAGAGAACCAGUACGAGAUGAUCCUUGUAAUCCUUCUCCUUGUGGACCAAAUGCGCAAUGCAGCAACGGUAUCUGCACUUGUUUACCUGAAUACCAAGGAGAUCCGUAUCAAGGUUGCCGUCCGGAAUGCGUCUUGAACUCGGAUUGCUCACGUGACAAAGCUUGCAUACGCAGCAAAUGCGUUGAUCCUUGUCCAGGAACUUGCGGACAGGAUGCCUUGUGUGAAGUCAUUAAUCACAUUCCUAUGUGUAGUUGUCCCAACGGAAUGGCCGGAAACGCAUUUGUGCAAUGCAGACCUCAACAAGCGCCACCCGUCAGUAAUCCAUGCAAUCCAUCACCGUGUGGUCCAAACAGUCAAUGUCGAGAAAUUAAUGGCCAAGCUGUGUGCUCUUGUGUACAAGGAUUUAUUGGUAGCCCACCAACCUGCCGACCGGAAUGUGUAGUCAACUCGGAAUGUCCACAAAACCAAGCCUGCAGCAACCAGAAGUGUAGAGACCCGUGUCCAGGAACUUGCGGUGUUAAUGCACGUUGCUCAGUAGUCAAUCACAAUCCAAUUUGCAGUUGUCCAGAUAGAUAUUCUGGCGAUCCAUUUAUUCGUUGUCAACCAAUAGUUGAACCUCCCGUACAAAUGGCACCGGUGAAUCCUUGUCAACCCUCCCCAUGUGGUCCUAACGCUGAGUGUAGGCCAAUUGGAGACUCACCAUCCUGCACCUGCCUUCAAGAUAUGAUUGGUUCACCUCCCAAUUGUCGGCCGGAGUGUAUCAGUAACUCCGAAUGUUCAUACAGCCUUGCCUGCAUCCGACAAAAAUGCCAAAACCCUUGCGAAGGAGCAUGCGGAAACAACGCAGAGUGUAGGGUUGUGAGUCAUACCCCAAUGUGCAUAUGUUCAGUAGGAUACACGGGAGAUCCGUUUACACAAUGUUCACCGGUUCAACAAGAUGUACCACGGGAACCAGUUUCGCCUUGUAGCCCAAGUCCAUGUGGAGCAAACGCAAACUGCAGAGAGCAAAACGGAGCCGGCGCAUGUACAUGCGUGGAAGAUCACUUCGGAAACCCGUACGAAGGAUGUAGACCGGAGUGUGUGUUGAACUCCGACUGUCCAUCCAAUAGGGCGUGUAUUCGGAACAAAUGUCAAGACCCCUGCCCAGGAACGUGCGGACAAAAUGCGGACUGCCAAGUGGUGAAUCAUCUACCGUCAUGUACAUGCCGAACGGGGUAUGAAGGAGAUCCAUUCAGAUUCUGCAACGUGCAACAACGCGAACCUAUUCAACAAUAUGUGGAUCCAUGUCAACCAAGUCCUUGUGGUCCAAAUAGCCAGUGCCGUGAAAUCAACGGGCAGGGCGUUUGCUCGUGCUUGCCCACAUAUAUUGGAUCUCCUCCGGGAUGUCGACCAGAAUGCGUCACCAGUUCUGAAUGUUCACUGGAUAAGGCUUGUGUUAAUCAGAAGUGUGUUGACCCUUGUCCUGGGACAUGCGGAACCAACGCUAGAUGCAAUGUAAACAAUCAUAGUCCAAUUUGUUCUUGUGUAUCUGGUUAUACCGGAGAUCCGUUCACGCGAUGCUACCCCAAUCCACCUCCCCCUCAAGAUACUCAAGUUGUCGUUCGAGACCCUUGCGUUCCUUCACCGUGCGGAUCAAACUCUCAAUGCCGAAAUGUCAACGGUGUUCCAUCGUGCUCUUGUCUAGUCAACUACAUUGGAUCACCACCCAAUUGUAGACCUGAGUGCACGAUCAAUGCCGAAUGUCCAAGUAACCAGGCUUGUAUGAACGAGAAAUGCAGGGACCCAUGUCCUGGAUCAUGCGGAGUUGGAGCCAGAUGUAAUGUCAUUAAUCAUACUCCGAUCUGUACCUGUGAAGCCGGAUAUACGGGAGAUCCGUUCACGAAUUGCUACCCUGAACCACCACCUCCGAGAGAGCCAGUACGAGAUGAUCCAUGCAAUCCAUCACCUUGUGGGCCAAAUGCCCAAUGUAACAACGGUAUCUGCACUUGUUUACCUGAAUACCAAGGAGACCCGUAUCAAGGAUGUCGACCUGAAUGCGUCCUCAACUCGGACUGCCCUCGUGACAAGGCCUGUAUCCGCAGCAAGUGUGUUGAUCCUUGUCCAGGAACCUGCGGCCAGGAUGCAUUGUGCGAAGUCAUUAAUCACAUUCCAAUGUGCAGUUGUCCGAAUGGCAUGGCCGGGAACGCAUUCGUGCAAUGCAGACCUCAACAAGCCCCGCCAGUCAGUAAUCCGUGCAAUCCGUCGCCUUGCGGUCCAAACAGUCAAUGUCGAGAAAUCAACGGUCAAGCAGUAUGUUCAUGUGUGCCUGGAUUCAUCGGAAGUCCACCGACUUGCCGACCGGAAUGUGUCGUUAGCUCAGAAUGUCCUCAGAAUCAGGCCUGUAAUAACCAGAAAUGUAGAGACCCAUGUCCAGGAACAUGUGGUGUCGGAGCUCGGUGUUCAGUUGUCAAUCAUAACCCGAUCUGCAGUUGUCCAGAACGAUACACUGGUGAUCCAUUCAUCCGUUGUCAACCCAUAAUUGAACCUCCUGUUCAAAUGACCCCUGUCAAUCCAUGCCAACCGUCUCCAUGUGGUCCAAAUGCUGAAUGCCGACCUGUUGGUGAUUCUCCAUCAUGCACGUGCCUGGAUAACAUGAUCGGUUCACCUCCAAACUGUCGACCUGAGUGUAUAAGUAACUCAGAAUGCGCCAGUAAUCUUGCCUGUAUUCGACAAAAAUGUCAAGAUCCAUGUUCAGGUGCCUGUGGAUCGAACGCUGAAUGUCGGGUCGUCAGCCACGUACCCAUGUGCAUUUGCACGAUCGGGUUCACCGGUGAUCCGUUUACUCAGUGCGUACCUGUUCAGCAGGAUGUCCCAAGGGAGCCAACGUCGCCUUGUGUUCCCAGUCCGUGCGGAGCCAAUGCCGUCUGCAGGGAACAGAACGGUGCCGGAUCGUGUACUUGUGUUGACGAUCACUUUGGAAAUCCAUACGAAGGAUGUCGACCCGAAUGCGUACUUAACUCGGAUUGUGCAUCGAACCGAGCAUGUGUUCGAAACAAAUGUCAAGACCCGUGUCCAGGAACAUGUGGACAAAAUGCGGAAUGUCAAGUUGUUAACCAUCUACCUUCUUGCACUUGUAUCAACGGAUACGAAGGCGAUCCAUUCCGAUUCUGUAGCAUUCAGCAAAGAGAGCCAAUCCAACAAUACGUAAACCCAUGCCAACCAAGUCCUUGUGGUCCAAACAGUCAAUGUCGUGAGAUCAAUGGACAGGCCGUUUGCUCGUGCCUGCCCACAUACAUUGGAUCUCCUCCGGGAUGUCGGCCAGAAUGCGUCACAAGUUCCGAAUGCCCUCUGGAUAGGGCGUGUGUCAACCAGAAAUGUGUUGAUCCUUGUCCAGGAACUUGCGGAACCAAUGCCAGAUGUAAUGUCAACAACCAUAGUCCUAUCUGCUCGUGUCAAUCUGGUUUCACCGGAGAUCCGUUCACACGAUGCUAUCCCAACCCACCACCACCUCAAGAUACUCAAAUUAUCGUCCGAGAUCCUUGUGUACCAUCUCCAUGUGGACCAAACUCACAAUGCCGUAACAUUAAUGGUGUUCCAUCGUGCUCUUGUCUAGUCAACUACAUUGGUUCACCGCCGAAUUGUAGACCUGAGUGUACGAUCAAUGCAGAAUGUCCAAGUAAUCAGGCCUGCAUGAACGAGAAAUGUCGAGACCCAUGUCCCGGAUCGUGCGGAGUUGGAGCCAGAUGCAAUGUCAUUAAUCAUACGCCGAUCUGUACUUGUGAAGCUGGAUACACGGGAGAUCCAUUCACGAAUUGCUACCCAGAACCACCUCCACCGAGAGAGCCAGUGAGGGAUGAUCCAUGCAAUCCAUCUCCAUGUGGACCAAAUGCGCAAUGCAACAAUGGAAUCUGCACAUGUCUGCCAGAAUAUCAAGGUGACCCAUACCAAGGAUGUCGUCCGGAGUGCGUUCUCAACUCGGACUGUCCACGUGACAAAGCCUGCAUACGGAGUAAAUGCGUUGACCCUUGUCCAGGAACUUGUGGACAGGAUGCCUUGUGCGAAGUCAUCAAUCACAUUCCAAUGUGCAGUUGUCCGACAGGAAUGGCCGGCAACGCAUUUGUGCAAUGCAGACCUCAACAGGCCCCACCGGUCAGUAAUCCGUGCAAUCCAUCACCUUGUGGUCCAAACAGUCAAUGUCGAGAGAUUAAUGGCCAAGCUGUAUGUUCAUGUGUGCCUGGAUACAUCGGUAGUCCACCGACAUGUAGGCCGGAAUGUGUUGUCAGUUCUGAAUGUCCCCAAAACCAAGCCUGCAACAACCAAAAGUGUAGAGAUCCAUGUCCAGGAACUUGUGGCGUUGGAGCACGGUGUUCUGUUGUCAAUCAUAACCCGAUUUGUAGUUGCCCUGAGCGAUAUACCGGUGAUCCAUUCAUCCGUUGUCAACCUAUAAUUGAACCUCCAGUUCAAAUGACUCCUGUCAAUCCAUGUCAACCAUCUCCAUGUGGUCCAAAUGCCGAAUGUCGACCUGUUGGCGACUCACCAUCAUGCACGUGUCUGGAUAACAUGAUUGGUUCACCUCCCAACUGUCGGCCCGAAUGCGUCAGUAAUUCGGAAUGUGCAAGCAAUCUAGCCUGUAUUCGGCAGAAAUGUCAAAAUCCAUGUACGAGGGCUUGUGGAGCGAAUGCUGAGUGUCGAGUCGUCAGUCAUGUGCCCAUGUGCAUUUGCUCAAUCGGAUUCACCGGCGAUCCAUUCACUCAGUGCGUCCCUGUUCAGCAGGAUGUUCCACGGGAGCCAACGUCCCCUUGCGUUCCUAGUCCUUGCGGAGCCAACGCCGUCUGUAGGGAACAGAACGGUGCCGGAUCGUGUACCUGUGUCGAUGAUCAUUUCGGAAACCCGUACGAGGGAUGCAGACCGGAAUGCGUACUGAACUCGGAUUGCGCGUCUAAUCGAGCAUGCGUCAGGAACAAAUGCCAAGAUCCAUGCCCUGGAACCUGUGGCCAAAAUGCGAAUUGUCAAGUCGUCAAUCAUUUGCCUUCCUGUACUUGUGUCAGCGGAUAUGAAGGCGAUCCAUUCCGAUUCUGCAGCAUUCAGCAGAGAGAACCAAUUCAACAAUACGUCAAUCCAUGCCAACCAAGCCCCUGUGGUCCGAAUAGUCAGUGUCGUGAAAUCAACGGGCAGGGCGUUUGCUCGUGCUUGCCCACGUACAUUGGAUCUCCUCCGGGAUGUCGACCGGAAUGCGUCACCAGUUCUGAAUGUUCUCUCGAUAGAGCCUGUGUCAACCAGAAAUGUGUUGACCCUUGUCCUGGAACAUGCGGAACCAAUGCCAGAUGCAAUGUCAACAACCAUAGUCCUAUCUGCUCGUGUCAAUCUGGUUUCACCGGAGAUCCUUUCACUCGGUGUUACCCAAAUCCACCCCCUCCUCAAGAUACACAAAUUGUUGUCCGAGAUCCCUGUGUUCCAUCGCCAUGCGGACCAAACUCGCAAUGCCGAAACGUCAAUGGAGUUCCAUCGUGCUCUUGUCUAGUCAACUACAUUGGGUCACCGCCCAACUGUAGACCUGAGUGUACGAUCAAUGCCGAAUGUCCCAGUAAUCAGGCUUGUAUGAACGAGAAAUGCAGAGACCCAUGUCCAGGAUCAUGUGGAGUCGGAGCCAGAUGUAAUGUCAUUAAUCAUACGCCGAUCUGUACCUGUGAGGCUGGAUAUACGGGAGAUCCGUUCACGAAUUGCUACCCUGAACCACCACCACCAAGAGAACCAGUAAGAGAUGAUCCAUGCAAUCCGUCUCCUUGUGGACCAAAUGCACAAUGCAACAACGGAAUUUGCACUUGUUUACCGGAAUACCAAGGAGAUCCGUAUCAAGGUUGCCGUCCGGAAUGCGUCCUCAACUCGGAUUGUCCUCGUGACAAGGCUUGCAUACGCAGCAAGUGCGUUGACCCUUGUCCAGGAACAUGCGGACAGGACGCUUUGUGCGAAGUCAUCAAUCACAUUCCAAUGUGCAGUUGUCCGAACGGAAUGGCAGGAAACGCAUUUGUGCAAUGCCGACCUCAACAAGCUCCACCUGUCAGUAAUCCAUGCAAUCCGUCACCUUGUGGUCCUAAUAGUCAAUGUCGCGAAAUUAAUGGACAAGCUGUUUGUUCAUGUGUACCAGGAUUCAUUGGAAGUCCGCCAACGUGUAGACCCGAAUGUGUCGUAAGCUCUGAAUGCCCACAAAAUCAAGCCUGCAAUAAUCAGAAAUGCAGAGAUCCCUGUCCAGGAACUUGUGGCGUUGGGGCACGAUGCUCGGUAGUUAACCACAACCCCAUUUGCAGUUGUCCUGAACGUUACACUGGCGAUCCAUUUAUUCGUUGUCAACAAAUCAUUGAACCUCCCGUUCAAAUGACACCCGUUAAUCCUUGCCAGCCUUCGCCGUGUGGCCCAAAUUCGGAAUGUAGACCUGUUGGCGAUUCGCCAUCCUGCACAUGUUUGCCUGAUAUGAUCGGAUCACCACCCAACUGUCGCCCCGAGUGUAUUAGCAACUCGGACUGUGCAAGCAACCUCGCGUGUAUUCGACAGAAAUGUCAAAAUCCAUGCAUUGGUGCUUGUGGAGCGAACGCUGAGUGCCGAGUUGUUAGCCACACUCCCAUAUGCAUCUGUUCAAUAGGCUACACCGGUGAUCCGUUCAGUCAGUGCACGCCAGUGCAACAGGACGUCCCGAGGGAACCGACUUCUCCAUGCGUACCGAGCCCAUGCGGAGCCAACGCUGUUUGCAGGGAACAAAAUGGAGCCGGGGCUUGCACCUGCAGCGACGAUUACUUCGGAAAUCCUUACGAAGGAUGCCGCCCCGAGUGUGUCGUUAGUUCUGACUGCCCGUCCAAUCGGGCAUGCGUUCGCAAUAAAUGUCAAGAUCCUUGCCCGGGAACGUGCGGUCAGAACGCGCAGUGUCAAGUUGUGAACCAUUUACCGUCGUGCACCUGUAACGAUGGGUACCAGGGCGAUCCAUUCAGGUUCUGCACAGUGCAGCAGAGAGAACCUGAACCCGUUUACAAAAAUCCAUGUCAACCAAGCCCAUGUGGUCCCAAUAGCCAAUGUCGUGAGAUUAAUGGCCAAGCCGUCUGCUCGUGUUUGCCGACAUACAUAGGAUCUCCUCCUGGGUGUCGACCAGAAUGUGUUACGAGUUCUGAGUGCACACAGGACAAGGCUUGUGUCAACCAGAAAUGUGUUGACCCUUGCCCAGGAACAUGUGGAACCAAUGCCAGAUGUAAUGUCAACAACCAUAGUCCUAUCUGCUCGUGUCAAUCUGGAUACACCGGAGAUCCGUUUACACGAUGCUAUCCCAAUCCACCACCACCUCAAGAUACUCCAGUCGUCGUUAGGGAUCCUUGUGUACCAUCACCAUGCGGACCAAACUCGCAAUGUCGAAAUAUUAAUGGAGUUCCAUCGUGCUCUUGUCUAGUCAACUACAUUGGAUCACCCCCGAAUUGUAGACCUGAGUGUACGAUCAAUGCCGAAUGUCCCAGCAAUCAGGCUUGUAUGAACGAGAAAUGCAGGGAUCCAUGUCCUGGUUCAUGUGGAGUCGGAGCCAGAUGUAAUGUAAUCAAUCAUACUCCAGUGUGUACUUGUGAAGCUGGAUAUACGGGAGAUCCGUUUACAAAUUGCUACCCUGAACCACCACCACCGAGAGAACCAGUAAGAGAUGAUCCAUGCAAUCCGUCCCCAUGUGGUCCAAAUGCACAGUGCAACAACGGUAUUUGCACUUGUUUACCGGAAUACCAAGGAGAUCCGUAUCAAGGCUGUCGUCCGGAAUGCGUCCUCAACUCGGAUUGUCCACGUGACAAGGCUUGCAUACGCAGCAAAUGCGUUGACCCUUGUCCAGGAACAUGCGGCCAGGAUGCCUUGUGCGAAGUCAUCAACCACAUUCCAAUGUGCAGUUGUCCAAAUGGAAUGGCCGGCAAUGCCUUUGUUCAAUGCAGACCUCAACAAGCCCCGCCAGUCAGUAAUCCAUGCAAUCCGUCACCUUGUGGCCCGAACAGUCAAUGCCGGGAAAUCAACGGCCAAGCAGUGUGUUCAUGCGUGCCUGGUUUCAUCGGAAGCCCACCAACGUGCAGACCGGAAUGUGUCGUAAACUCUGAAUGUCCACAAAAUCAAGCUUGCAGUAACCAGAAAUGCAGAGAUCCUUGCCCAGGAACAUGUGGCGUAGGAGCCAGAUGCUCUGUGGUAAACCAUAACCCGAUUUGCAGUUGUCCAGAACGAUACACUGGCGAUCCAUUCGUCCGGUGUCAGCCCAUAAUUGAACCUCCAGUUCAAAUGACCCCUGUCAAUCCGUGCCAACCAUCCCCAUGCGGUCCUAAUGCCGAGUGUCGUCCCGUUGGCGACUCUCCAUCGUGUACAUGUUUGGAUAACAUGAUUGGUUCGCCACCCAACUGUCGACCGGAAUGUGUCAGUAAUUCAGAAUGCGCGAGCAAUCUCGCUUGCAUACGACAGAAGUGUCAAAAUCCGUGUACAGGAGCCUGUGGGGCAAAUGCUGAGUGUCGAGUUGUCAGUCAUACCCCCAUGUGUAUCUGCUCUAUCGGAUUUACUGGCGAUCCUUUCACUCAGUGCGUGCCUGUUCAACAGGAUGUCCAGAGAGAACCAAUCUCACCUUGUAUUCCAAGCCCGUGCGGAGCCAAUGCCGUUUGUAGAGAACAGAACGGUGCCGGAUCGUGUACUUGUGUUGACGAUCACUUCGGCAAUCCAUACGAAGGAUGUAGACCGGAAUGUGUUUUAAAUUCAGAUUGCCCCUCGAACCGAGCUUGCGUCCGGAACAAGUGUCAAGACCCAUGUCCGGGAACUUGCGGACAAAACGCAGAUUGCCAAGUGGUAAACCAUUUGCCUUCUUGCACUUGUAUCAGUGGAUACGAAGGCGAUCCGUUCCGAUUCUGCAGCAUUCAGCAAAGAGAACCUGUUCAACAAUACGUGAACCCAUGCCAACCCAAUCCAUGCGGUCCGAAUAGCCAAUGUCGUGAAAUCAACGGGCAGGGCGUUUGCUCGUGCUUGCCCACCUAUAUUGGAUCACCUCCGGGAUGUCGACCGGAGUGCGUCACCAGUUCCGAAUGUUCACUAGAUAAGGCUUGUGUCAACCAGAAAUGCGUUGAUCCUUGCCCAGGAACAUGCGGAACCAAUUCCAGAUGCAAUGUAAACAACCAUAGUCCAAUUUGUUCUUGCCAAUCCGGUUAUACCGGGGAUCCAUUCACGCGAUGCUAUCCCAAUCCACCGCCUCCACAAGACACUCCUGUUGUCGUCAGAGAUCCGUGUGCACCGUCGCCAUGUGGUCCUAAUUCACAGUGUCGUAACAUCAAUGGAGUUCCGUCGUGCUCUUGUCUAGUCAACUACAUUGGUUCACCGCCGAAUUGUAGACCUGAGUGUACGAUCAAUGCCGAAUGCCCAAGUAACCAGGCCUGUAUGAACGAGAAAUGUAGAGACCCAUGUCCAGGAUCAUGCGGAGUUGGAGCCAGAUGCAAUGUCAUUAAUCAUACUCCGAUCUGUACUUGUGAAGCUGGAUAUACGGGAGAUCCGUUCACGAAUUGCUACCCAGAACCACCUCCACCGAGAGAGCCAGUACGAGAUGACCCAUGUAAUCCAUCACCUUGUGGACCAAAUGCGCAAUGUAACAACGGUAUCUGCACUUGUUUACCUGAAUACCAAGGAGACCCGUAUCAAGGAUGUCGACCUGAAUGCGUCCUCAACUCGGACUGCCCUCGUGACAAGGCCUGUAUCCGCAGCAAGUGUGUUGAUCCUUGUCCAGGAACAUGCGGACAGGAUGCCUUGUGUGAAGUCAUUAACCACAUUCCAAUGUGCAGUUGUCCAAACGGCAUGGCAGGAAAUGCAUUUGUACAAUGCAGACCUCAGCAGGCCCCACCAGUCAGUAAUCCAUGUAAUCCGUCCCCUUGUGGCCCCAAUAGUCAAUGUAGAGAGAUCAACGGCCAAGCUGUAUGCUCUUGUGUGCCUGGAUACAUCGGUAGUCCACCCACUUGUAGACCGGAAUGUGUUGUCAGCUCCGAAUGUCCUCAAAACCAAGCUUGCAACAAUCAGAAGUGUAGAGACCCAUGUCCUGGAACAUGUGGCGUUGGAGCACGGUGCUCUGUAGUCAACCAUAACCCAAUCUGCAGUUGUCCAGAACGAUACACUGGCGAUCCAUUCUCUCGUUGCCAACCCAUAAUUGAACCUCCAGUUCAAAUGACCCCUGUCAAUCCGUGCCAACCGUCUCCAUGUGGCCCAAAUGCCGAAUGCCGGCCAAUUGGAGAUUCUCCAUCUUGCACGUGUCUGGAUAACAUGAUCGGAUCGCCUCCAAAUUGUCGACCUGAAUGUGUCAGUAACUCAGAAUGCGCGAGCAAUCUUGCCUGCAUACGUCAGAAGUGUCAGAAUCCAUGUACGGGAGCUUGUGGAGCGAACGCUGAAUGCCGGGUUGUCAGCCACGUACCCAUGUGUAUUUGCUCGAUCGGAUUCACCGGUGAUCCAUUUACUCAGUGCGUCCCUGUUCAGCAAGAUGUUCCAAGGGAGCCCACGUCCCCUUGUGUUCCAAGUCCGUGCGGAGCCAAUGCCGUCUGUAGAGAACAGAACGGUGCCGGAUCGUGUACUUGUGUCGAUGAUCAUUUCGGAAACCCGUAUGAAGGAUGUAGACCGGAGUGUGUGCUGAACUCAGAUUGCCAGUCAAACCGAGCAUGCGUUCGGAAUAAAUGUCAGGAUCCAUGUCCGGGAACUUGCGGACAGAAUGCAGUAUGCCAAGUUGUUAAUCAUUUGCCAUCUUGCACUUGCAUUACCGGAUAUGAAGGCGAUCCGUUCAAGUACUGCAACGCAAUACAAAGAGAACCCCAAGUGUACGUCAAUCCAUGUCAGCCAAAUCCAUGCGGCCCCAACAGUCAGUGUCGUGAAAUCAACGGACAGGGCGUUUGCUCGUGCCUGCCUACAUACAUUGGAACUCCUCCGGGAUGUCGACCGGAAUGUGUCACCAGUUCCGAAUGUUCUCUGGACAAGGCUUGUGUCAAUCAAAAAUGUGUCGAUCCUUGUCCAGGUGCUUGCGGAACCAAUACCAGAUGCAAUGUCAACAACCACAGCCCGAUCUGCUCUUGCCAGUCUGGUUACACUGGAGAUCCAUUUUCACGAUGCUAUCCCAACCCACCGCCUCCCCAAGACACUCCUGUCGUUGUUCGCGAUCCAUGUGUUCCAUCGCCAUGCGGACCAAACUCGCAAUGCCGAAACAUAAACGGAGUACCGUCGUGCUCUUGUCUAGUCAACUACAUUGGAUCACCGCCCAACUGUAGGCCUGAGUGUACGAUCAAUGCCGAAUGUCCAAGCAACCAGGCCUGUAUGAACGAGAAAUGCAGGGAUCCAUGUCCAGGAUCAUGCGGAGUCGGAGCCAGAUGUAACGUAAUCAACCACACGCCAAUUUGUACUUGUGAGACAGGGUACACCGGAGAUCCGUUCACGAAUUGCUACCCAGAACCACCACCUCCAAGGGAACCGGUUAGAGAUGAUCCAUGCAAUCCGUCCCCAUGUGGACCAAAUGCACAGUGCAACAACGGAAUUUGCACUUGUUUACCGGAAUACCAAGGAGAUCCGUACCAAGGCUGCCGUCCGGAAUGCGUCCUGAACUCGGAUUGUCCACGUGACAAAGCCUGCAUACGAAGCAAAUGCCUAGAUCCUUGCCCAGGAACCUGCGGACAAAACGCAGUCUGCGAAGUUGUCAACCAUGUACCAGUCUGCAGUUGCCCUAAUGGAAUGUCCGGCAAUGCAUUCGUACAGUGCAGGCCACAACAGGCCCCACCAGUCAGCAACCCAUGCAAUCCCUCACCAUGUGGACCUAACAGUCAAUGUCGAGAGAUAAACGGGCAAGCAGUGUGCUCAUGUGUGCCUGGAUUCAUUGGAAGUCCACCAGCUUGUAGACCGGAAUGUGUUGUUAGUUCCGAAUGUGCACAAAACCAAGCCUGUAGCAACCAAAAGUGCAGAGAUCCAUGCCCUGGAACGUGUGGAGUUGGAGCGCGCUGUACAGUUGUCAACCACAAUCCAAUCUGUAGCUGUCCGGACCGUUACACAGGCGAUCCAUUCGUUCGCUGCCAGCAAAUCAUUGAACCUCCUAUUCAAAUGACACCGAAGAAUCCUUGUCAACCCAGUCCAUGUGGCCCCAAUGCAGUAUGUAGAGCUGUGGGAGAUUCUCCAUCUUGUACAUGCUUGGAGGAGAUGAUUGGUACUCCUCCAAAUUGUCGACCAGAAUGCGUCAGUAAUGCAGAAUGUUCAAGCCACCUCGCAUGUAUUCGGCAGAAAUGUCAAGAUCCAUGUGCUGGAGCAUGUGGAGCCAAUUCUGAGUGUCGAGUAGUCAGUCACACUCCCAACUGCAUCUGUUCGGUUGGAUACACCGGCGAUCCUUUUACGCAAUGCGUACCAUUGCAGCAGGAUAUUCCAAGAGAACAAACAUCACCCUGUCAACCGAAUCCUUGCGGAUCCAACGCCGUUUGCAGAGAACAAUAUGGUGCCGGAUCAUGUACAUGUCUUGAAGACUAUUUCGGUAACCCGUAUGAGGGAUGUCGACCAGAAUGUGUAUUGAACUCGGAUUGUCCCUCAAAUCGCGCCUGUAUCAAUAGCAAGUGCAAGGACCCUUGCCCUGGAACUUGCGGACAAAACGCUGAAUGCCAAGUCGUCAAUCAUUUACCGUCAUGCACCUGCCUGGUGGGCUAUGAGGGCGAUCCCUUCCGAUACUGCAAUAUCGUGCAAAGAGAACCUGUUAAAGAGUACGUCAAUCCGUGCCAACCGAAUCCGUGCGGUCCCAAUAGCCAGUGCCGUGAGAUCAACGGGCAGGGCGUUUGCUCGUGCUUGCCCACAUACAUUGGAACUCCUCCUGGAUGCCGACCGGAAUGUGUUACCAGUUCGGAAUGUUCUUCGGAUAAGGCCUGUGUCAAUCAGAAAUGUGUCGACCCCUGUCCAGGAACAUGCGGAACAAACACCAGAUGCAACGUAAACAACCACAGCCCUAUUUGUUCGUGUCAAUCCGGUUACACCGGCGAUCCGUUCACGCGUUGCUACCCCAAUCCACCUCCACCGAAGGACGUCGAAAUAAUCGUUCGCGAUCCAUGUGUUCCAUCACCCUGUGGUCCAAACGCACAAUGUAGAAACAUCCGCGGCUCGCCUUCGUGCUCAUGUCUUGCGACCUAUAUCGGAUCACCGCCGAACUGCAGGCCCGAAUGUACCAUCAACUCGGAGUGCUCGAGUAAUCAGGCCUGCAUCAACGAAAAGUGCAGAGAUCCGUGCCCUGGUUCAUGCGGCAUCGGAGCUCGUUGCAAUGUCAUUAACCACACGCCAAUCUGUACGUGCCAAACCGGAUACACUGGGAAUCCAUUUACGAACUGUUAUCCCGAGCCUCCUCCACCGCGAGAACCAGUGAGGGACGAUCCAUGCGAUCCGUCUCCUUGUGGAGCAAAUGCGCAGUGUUCUAAUGGAGUGUGCACUUGCUUGCCGGAAUAUCAAGGCGACCCAUAUCGUGGAUGCCGACCUGAGUGCGUACUUAAUUCGGAAUGUCCCCGCGACAAAGCAUGUAUUCGCAACAAAUGUGUAGAUCCUUGCCCGGGUACAUGUGGGCAAGAUGCAUUGUGUGAGGUCAUGAACCACAUUCCCAUUUGCAGCUGUCCUAACGGAAUGGCUGGAAAUGCCUUUGUUCAGUGCAUACCACAGCGGGCUCCAGUUGUAACGGACCCUUGCAAUCCAUCACCUUGCGGUCCUAACAGUCAAUGCAGGCCGAUCAAUGGUCAGGCGGUUUGCUCGUGCGUCAUUGGUUAUGUUGGUAGUCCUCCGUCUUGUCGUCCGGAAUGUUCGGUCAACUCUGACUGUGUCCAAAAUAUGGCUUGUGCAAACUUUAAAUGUAGAGAUCCCUGCCCUGGAACCUGUGGUCUUGCCGCUCAAUGCUCUGUCGUCAAUCAUAAUCCGAUCUGCAGUUGUCCGUACAGAAUGACUGGAGAUCCAUUUGUUAGGUGUUACGAGAUCGGUAAUUUUUUUAAAAGUCCCUCCCCAUAUUGCCCUAUUUCUAACCCACCACCUAUUGUUACAGUGGAGAGACCUGCCAUCCAAGAAACUCCUCGUGACCCUUGCAUUCCGUCGCCUUGCGGAUUAAACUCGGUUUGCAUCAACCGAAAUGGUAGUCCAUCUUGCUCAUGUCAACCGGAAAUGAUUGGCUCACCGCCCAAUUGUAGACCGGAGUGCGUCAGUAACUCAGACUGCUCAAAUACGUUGGCCUGCAUCAAUCAAAAAUGUCAAAACCCUUGCUCAAAUGUGUGCGGAACGAAUGCCGAAUGUCGUGUUUCGCUACACAUUGCCAACUGUAUUUGUCCGUCCGAUUACACGGGAAAUCCAUUCGUUCAGUGCUACGUUGAAAUCGCUACACCGCCACCACAGAGAACACCAGAGGAUCCUUGCGAUCCGUCACCGUGUGGCACCAACGCCAGAUGUCGACCAAUCGAUGGCAGCGCCGUAUGCGAGUGCAUAGAAAAUUAUUUCGGCAACGCUUACGUGGCAUGCCGCCCGGAAUGUGUAUCGAAUUCCGAAUGUUCGCGAGAUACGGCUUGUAUACAGAAUCGCUGUAAGGAUCCUUGCCCCGGAGUUUGCGGAUACAAUGCCGAGUGCAGCGUGAUUAAUCACACUCCCACGUGCACAUGUCCGGAAGGAAUGAUCGGAAAUGCUUUCGAGCAGUGUUCCAGAAAACCAACGCCUCCAGUUCGCGACGAUCCUUGCUAUCCAUCGCCGUGCGGACUCAAUACGGUUUGUCGCUCGUCUAACGGAAAUGCUGUAUGCGAAUGUCUACCGGACUUCAAGGGAACUCCUUUCGGUAGAGGAUGUUAUCCUGAGUGUACAAUCAACUCCGAUUGUCCACGAGAUAGGACUUGCGUCAAUAAGAAAUGUGUCGACCCUUGCCCUGGCGUUUGCGGAUAUAGAGCUACUUGCCAUGCGAUCAACAACAGUCCGGUCUGUUCAUGCCCAAGCAACAUGAUCGGUGACCCAUUCGUCGAAUGCAAAGAAGCACCACCGAAAGAUCCAUGUAAUCCAUCGCCGUGCAGAACAAAUGGAGUAUGUCGCGUUGUUGGCGGAAGAGCCGAAUGCCAGUACCCAGAGUGUGUGAUCAAUUCGGAUUGUUCCUCGAACCGAGCGUGCUUCAACCAGAAGUGCAGAGAUCCUUGCGCUAGCGCUUGUGGAGUCAACGCCAUCUGUAACGUAGUUAAUCACUCACCGAUUUGCUCGUGUCCGGAUCGUCACGUAGGUUCACCAUUCGUACAAUGCAACCGUCAAAUGGAUCCUAUUCCGCAGCCCGAAUGCACAGCUGAUGACCACUGUACAAACGACAAGGCUUGCAUCAAUCAGCAAUGUGUUAAUCCAUGUACGGCUAACAAUGGAUUGUGUAACUUGAACGCCGAAUGUCGAGUUCAGUUCCAUCGAGCCAUUUGUACAUGCCGUGAAGGUUUUACCGGAAACGCACAGGUAGCAUGCUACGAAAUAGGCUGCAGGGCUGAUUCGGACUGUCCAGCGACCGAAGCGUGCGUGAACAGGAACUGCGUAGAUCCUUGCAGGUAUACUCAAUGCGGAAGAAACGCAGUCUGCAGAACCGAUUACAAUCACAACGCUAGGUGCCAUUGUCUGGACGGUUACAGAGGCAACCCAUUGACAGGUUGUUCACGACCGGAAUGUACCCGAGACGACGAAUGUCCAUAUCAUCUAUCAUGUCAGAACGAGCAAUGUCGAGAUCCUUGCAACUGCGCACCGGGAGCACAAUGUAGAGUUGAUAACCAUCGGGCAUCAUGCAGAUGCCCUCCCGGAUAUACGGGAGAUGCCAGCUUUGCAUGCGAAAAAAUACCGGUUCGCGAUCCCGACCAGUGUAAAAUGGACGCCGACUGUUCGAGCAAGUUGGCUUGCUUUAACGGAGUGUGCAAAAAUCCAUGCCUCGAAGCAAAACCGUGCGCUGAACGAGCCAUCUGUACCGUGCAGGACACACUGCCACUCAGAACGAUGUACUGCGUGUGCGAAGAAGGAUACGCUGGUGACGCAGAGAAACAAUGCUCGCCAGAAUCGACUGUCGUACCAGGCUGUAGCUCAGACGUCGAAUGCGCUGCGACCGAAACAUGCCGAAACCGAGUGUGCGUUAACCCUUGUACGGAGUUCAACCCGUGCGCCCGAAGUGCGGAGUGUUUGGCUCAAAGUCACAAGGCUAUCUGCUCGUGCCCGAUCGGUAUGGUGGGCGAUCCUUUCCAGAACUGUUACCGCGAGCCUGUCAUCACUGUCGAAUGCACCGUAGACACCGAGUGCCCGAGUGAUCGUGCCUGCAUCAACCAGCGUUGCCAGGAUCCAUGUGCCGAAGGAAACCCAUGUGCCGGAAAUGCAGAGUGUCGGACAUUGCACCAUCGACCGCUCUGCAUGUGCCCACGAGGCUGGGGAGGUGACCCGAAAGUGCAAUGUUACAAACCGGAAUGUCAAACCGAUAAUGACUGCCCUUACGACAAAGCUUGUUACAACGAAAAGUGCUUGAAUCCUUGCACAUACGGAGCGACGCAAUGUGGAAGAGGAGCCGAAUGUCUACCACAAGGACACCGUGCCAACUGUGUUUGCCCUCCGGGUACGCAAGGAAAUCCACUUAUAUCAUGUGUAACAGGACUAUGCCAGUACAACGAAGAUUGUGCAGACCACGAGGCUUGCGACAGAUUGAACAGAGUAUGUAGACCCGUUUGCGAUGGUGAAACAUGCGCUGCCAAGGCUACCUGCAUAGGCCGUAACCAUCAAGCAACUUGCGAAUGCUCACUCGGAACCAGAGGCAAUCCUUAUGUGGAAUGUCUUCGGGAUGAACCAGAGCCGGAGUGCCGAACCGAUAGUGAUUGUCCUUCGCAACAGGCUUGCCUCAAUAACCGUUGCGGAAAUCCAUGUACACAAAUCAACCCGUGCUCACAGCAGCAGACAUGUAGCGUUGUCGACACUCUACCGCUGAGAACAAUGAUCUGCGCCUGCCCAACGGACAUGUUGGUCGACGACAAUGGACAAUGUAAACCCAUAGUAGUGGAAGGAUGCCGCACAGACACUGAUUGUCCGGAUACGGAUCGUUGCAUCAGAGGUCAAUGUACAUUGGCAUGCCGCGCAGAACCAUGCGGAAUCAACUCCUUGUGUGAAUCACGCGGCCAUCAAGCCCGUUGCGCAUGCCCACCGGAGUACAUUGGCAAUCCACACAUUGAAUGUACACCAGACGCAAGAGUGCCAAGCCAUAAGGAAUGCACAGUCGACAGUGACUGUCCCUUGGAUCGAUCAUGUUUCAACGAAUACUGCAUUAAUCCUUGCACUCGAGACGCCUGCGGUCGUGGCGCCAUUUGCCACGUCCGAAACCACAAUGCCGUCUGUAAUUGUCCAACUGGUUACACCAAGGAUAGAAACGAGAACUGUAUACCACCUUCUGCCGACUUGCCCAAGUGUCAAUCGAACUCGGACUGUACCUCAAGUGAAACGUGCGUCAAUGAAAUCUGCGCAAACCCAUGUAACUGCGGACAGAAUGCUGACUGUUACGUGAAGGACCAUUAUCCGGUGUGCAGCUGCAAGCCGGGUUACUCAGGUAACGCCCAGUUCGGUUGCUUCAAAUUGGGAUGCACUUCAGACAGCGAGUGUGCCAACGAUAAACAGUGCUUCAACGGCGAGUGUCUGAAUCCGUGCGCAUUGGAGAAUCCUUGCGCACUGAAUGCCGAAUGCUACGGUGACAAACAUCGGGCCGUAUGCCGCUGCUUGCCUGGACUGGAAGGUAAUCCGUUCGUGCAGUGCCGUCGAGUUGAGUGCCACUUCGACGGAGAGUGUCCAGACAAUCGGGCAUGCGUGCAGGAACAAUGCGUUGAUCCGUGCAGUGAGAUGGCGCCUUGUGCCCAGAAUGCUAUUUGCUUCACCCGUGGCCACGCCCCGUAUUGCAAGUGCCCCGAACAUCUGCCAGACGGAAAUCCAUUCUCGUACUGCGAACGAAGAGUCGUGCAUGAUAAACCAGAAUGUACCAUGGAUGUAGACUGCCCAAGUCGAUUGGCAUGUAUUGGAAACAAAUGCGUGGAUCCCUGCAGAGAGCUUCUGCCCUGUGCAAGGUCAGCCAAGUGUACAGUUCUGGACUCAGUUCCAGUACGUACUAUGGUAUGCGAAUGUCCUGAACUGCACGUACCGGAUGUCAACGGUGAGUGCAAACGCAUUGUCUUGCAAACACCUCCGGAAUGUACCAGCGAUUCAGAAUGUUCAGACAGAGAGGCAUGCAUAAACCGACAAUGUAGAAAUCCUUGCAACUGCGGAGAAAAUGCGAUGUGCACAGUCAGAAAUCACAGAGGAGUGUGUUCCUGCGAGAAUGGCUAUGAAGGAAAUCCGAACAUUGCCUGUCGAACGAUUGGCUGCCGAGUGGAUUCCGAGUGUGAGUCCAGCAAGGCCUGUAUCAAUGGAAACUGCGUCAAUCCGUGCUUGGAUAACGAUCCAUGCGGAAUCAAUGCCGAAUGCUACGCUGUGUCUAACCGGGCUGAAUGUAGAUGCUUAAGUGGUUUCCGUGGUAAUCCGAUGGUACAGUGUACGGUUGUCGAAUGUCGCAGCAACAACGACUGUCCGAAUGACAAGCAAUGCCGUAAUACGCAAUGUGUUGAUCCAUGCAUUUACGAUAGCUCAUGCUCACCGAGAGCGGAAUGUAAGGCACAGAACCAUCUAGCAGUAUGUAGAUGUCCAGCAGGACUGGUAGGAAAUCCAUACGUAGACUGUCGACCAGAAAUAGUACCGGAGUGCGUCUACGACACAGACUGCCCUUCGCAUCUUGCCUGUAUCGAGAACAAAUGCGUUGAACCGUGCGGUGUCUUACAGCCAUGCAACUUGCCAGCUAGGUGUGAAGUCAUUCCAUCUUCGCCUGUAAGAACCAUGAUCUGUAUUUGUCCGGAUGGAUACAUCAGCAGCGGAAGUGGCACUUGUAAACCCGUUGUCAAGUCAGGAUGCAUUUCGGAUUCGGAUUGCUCGAGCGAUACCGCAUGUGUCAACAGUAUCUGUAAAAAUCCAUGCAACUGUGGUCCCAACGCCGAAUGUAGAAUCAAGGACCAUAAACCGGUUUGCUCGUGUAAACAAGGGUUCGACGGUAAUCCGGAAAUUGAAUGCAUCAAGCUUGAAUGUCGCGUGGACGACGAUUGUUCCGGUCAGCAUUCCUGCAUCAACCGACAGUGCGUCCCGGUGUGUUCGAUUGAUUCCUGCGGUAAACAAGCCGAAUGCUAUGCCCAGAAUCAUCGCGCGAUUUGUGAAUGCUUGCCGGGAUAUGAAGGUGAUCCACGUAUCACCUGUAAGCUGCUGGGAUGUCGGGCUGAUUCAGAUUGCCCAUUGGAUAAAGCAUGCAUCAAUAGCAAGUGUGAAAACCCAUGCGAAAAUCAAGCAAUUUGCGCUCAAAAUGAGUUGUGCCAAGUGUACCAACACCGUCCGGAAUGCGCCUGUCCACCGCCGUUCGAAACAGAUCUUGCCAGAGGAUGUGUACAGCGAGACGAUCGAUGCAGAACAGACGGCGAAUGUCCAUCGCAGACGGCAUGUAUCCAAGGCGAUUGUGUCAACCCGUGCAAUGUAACAGAACCAUGCGGCGUAAAUUCGAUGUGUAAGGUGCUGGAUACGUUACCGGUGCGAACGAUGAUCUGCGAGUGCUUGCCUGGCUACCAGGGCAAUGCAGCAAUUCAAUGCGACAAGAUGGCUCUUUGUCCAACGGAUCGAGGCUUCAUACGCAACGCCAACGGCGAAUGCACAUGUCCGCCAGGUUACGGCCUGAGCAUUUACGAAGACUGUCAAAUCUGCCGCGAAGAGGAUGGCUUGAAGGUAGAUCAAUCGGGACGGUGCGUCUGCGCUUUGGAAAGAGGAAUGAUUAUAGACGAACGGGGUCGCUGCAUAUGCCCAAUCGAUCACGGCUAUCGUUUGACGGAACGUGGAGAAUGUGUACGCACGGCCGUUCCGGAAUGUACACACGACAGCGACUGCCCAGAUUACCGAUACUGUAACGAACAGACGAGGACUUGCGAAGAUCCAUGCACAACUAAACGUUGUGGAACGAAUGCUCUGUGUAAUGCCACAAACCACCAGGCCGUGUGUCAAUGUAUUGCAGGCUACACUGGAAACCCGGAUCUUCAUUGCAAUCAAACAACCAACUUCCGUACGGACUUCCCGCAACCGGACAUGCAAGUAACGUGUCAGGCCGACGGAGUCCAAGUGGUGAUCGACCUGAUGGAAUCCAACUUCAACGGAGUGCUGUACGUGAAGGGCCACAGCAAAGACGAAGAGUGCCGCCGUGUGGUCAACCUGGCCGGUGAUGCGUCCCAACGGACGCAGAUCUUCAAGGUCCACUUCGGCAGCUGUGGUUUGAUUCACGUGAACGGGGUGGCCAGCUUCAUACUGGUAAUACAGAAACAUCCGAAGUUGGUAACGUACAAGGCCCAGGCGUAUCACAUCAAGUGCGUCUACCAGACGGGCGAGAAGAAUGUUACGCUCGGAUUCAACGUGCAGAUGUUGACGACGGCUGGCACCAUUGCCAAUACCGGUCCGCCGCCGACUUGUGCGAUGCGGAUUGUUGCCUACAAUGGCGAGGAGAUCAACUCGGCCGAAAUCGGCGACAAUCUGCGGCUGCAGGUCGAGGUGCAACCAGCAACUAUCUACGGCGGCUUUGCCCGAAGUUGCGUCGCGAAGACGAUGGAGGACAGCGUUGAAAACGAGUACAUCGUCACUGACGAGAACGGCUGCGCCACGGAACCGAGCAUUUUCGGUGACUGGGAGUACCAAGCGGAGACCAACAGUCUGCUGGCCAGCUUCAACGCGUUCAAGUUCCCAUCGAGCGACAACAUACGCUUCCAGUGCAACAUCCGGGUGUGCUUCGGCCGGUGCCAACCGGUCAACUGCCACGGAGCGAAUGCAUAUGGCAAGCGGCGACGACGUGCUAUCACCGACAUGAACGAAAUUGAGAUGAUGCUCAACAGGACCAGACGGGCCACCAGCAGCAACACGGCGCUAGCGUCCGACGAUACGCUCGGUAUCGAGGGAACACUGCGAGAAGAGAUCACCAUCCAGUCGAAUGCAAUUCUGACGCUGGAAAGAAGGGAGGAACGGUCCUACGACUCAGACAACAUUACUCCCGCCGCUCAACGUGUCGAAGAUAUUUGCGUAUCAAUGAUCGGACUCAUCAUCGCAUUGGUGAUAACAGCGCUGUUGGCACUGGUGGCCGUGGCUGUGGCAGUCUCCUGUUGGCUAAUGGCCUACCGGAGACGUCCAACGGUAACCGGACCACUGCCACAUCCGCCGGAAUUCCCGAACCCACUGUUUGCCCACCACGAACCAUCGGAGCCCUCGCACGACUACAUGACAUAAAAGCAAUAGACUGCGUGCGAAGGUCACCCACUGGCAAACGCUGGAGAAGUCAACUGCUUAGUAGUAAAGUUAAGAAAAAUAACUGUGAAUAAUAACAAGUAUUGCAAGUACCAAGAAUACAACGAAUUCGAACGAAAGUAGAAAGAUUAGGAUAGGAAAGAUGAACAAUGUAAAUAGAUACUUUAUAACUCUACUCCCACGCUGGACAGUGACACCAUUCAAUCAUAAAGAAGAAACGGUGCUCUAACCUCAAUGCAACUACCCCAGAUGCUGUCCACUAACGAUAUGCAAGCAUCCGUGACAAAGCAAACAAAAACUAGGUCGUAUAUCGUUUUUAUUAUGAAAUAAUUGGGAACACUGUCAACUGGGGCAUGAUUCCCAGCGUUCACCCCGCAACACUAGUUCACCUCAUGUAAAAAGCAAUUUAUAGAAUAUCGAGAAACCUGACGACCGUAUUGCAACCUCAACCUCGUUAGAAAAUAGAACACCCUUUGUCUCGUUUCUCGAUAGCCCUACUCAAGCGGGAAGUGGACGCCUGGGUGCAGUGUUGCCAGAUUCACUGGAACUGCCGCAUCACCAAACCCGAUUGACAGUGUUCCCCGAGAAAGCCGAAUCGCGCACAUCUCCUCCGCGGGCCGUUGCUAGUCUUUUAUUUAUUAAUGUUAUUAUUGUAUUUAGUAAGCGAAUGAAUCACUUUUCUUCUUCACGUAAAAUUGCACUCUCUGACUACUUGAAAAUGCUCCAUUUUCCGUGAUGCAGGGUUUCGGUUCUAUUUCCGUACUAUUUCUUCUUCAUAUUCUUUUGCGCUUUUCGGCACUACAGCAAAGCAGCAACACAAUCGUGCAUUGCCAUACAUAUUGUUCAUUGAAAUUUUACUCCCAAAACUAUUUUUGAUACCAUGCACGUGUAAUGAACAAUGUUAACGGUGUUAUUCUUUUAAUAUAAUUGUUUUAGUUGUAAUUUAUUGGAAAUUUUAUGAAUAUACAGAAGAAAAACGAAUAAUCUCGGCCCUCGGAGGAUUUGUCUUACCUACGUUAGUGAAAGUGAUGAAAAAACGCGAGAGAAAUUUAUAGUUGAAACGUUACUUGUAAUAUAAAAUAAUGGAAGGCAUAACGCGGAAAACGGCGAAACAAUGCGCAUAACAAAGUCAUUUUAUAGCUAAUCUAAUCUCAUUACGAGAAUCAUAAGCGAAACUAUACGAGAUUUUCGUCCCACUAAACUCUAUCGAAAACUGCCAUUCCAAAAACCACCAAAAUCGAUUACCAAGAGCGAACUUUCCUCCUCCUCUGAUCGGGAAGUACGGACAGCAGCUUGGGAACGAACAUGUGAAAGAAGCAGCGAGCUUUCAGUUAUUUUCGCUUCCUAGUUGCACUAUACUUUGAUGAAUCUUUGGAAAACAAAGUUCGAACCCUUGACCAUCUCUUGCAAAUCUUCAGUCAAAUCGUGAAAAUUUAUUAAUUCUGAAAACAAUACACUGCUAAUCGUUAGAAACUUUAAACUGCCGUUUGAGAAUACUGCAAAAUGCGUUAGUAAAACUGAUAUAAAUCGCCUGUUUUCGAAUAAUCUUAACUUUAGCGCACGUCUCCAAGAGACACAAUUGUGGCAGAGCAGCAACUAUUACCGUGUAGUUUAGUUAACGUGUUUUUGGUAAAAUUAUUUUCCAUUUGUUUCGAAUUUCUAAAAAUGGCCUUCUAUGCCACGAUAUUUAUGUUUAUAAUCUUUAAACUGAUAACAAUGUCAACUAUUAAGACUGGAUUAACAUUAACUGAGGUAUCGAAAACGAACGGGAGAAAAGAGAGAAAAAAAAACGGAUGCACUAUAUUUCCAAACUGUUCCAGCACGACAGUCUGCGCGCGAAUUUUCCCAGUGUAAUAUGUUUUAAUCAAAGUGUAAAAUUAAAGUGACACGUGGGAACAUGUCCACCUCAAAGAAAGCGUUAAUAAAAUGAAAUAAAAAAGAUACUAAUGAUAAA